GGUGGCAGCCCUGCCGGCUGGCCGCUCCCCGCACACACUGCCCCUGACAUGGAUCAGACAGUCCAGCUGAGCACAGUGACCGCCAACACCAAGAGGCAGCCUCAGCACACGGUGCAGCAGGUAAGGAAUGCCACUCUCAGCACUCACAGCACACACCCCAUCAUUACACCCGGAUCACUUACUGUUUACGGAUGGCUUUUAAUACUGAGGACUACAACUCCCAUUAUUAUUAGAUCUCUUAGACUGGCUGACUGAUGGGGGAUGCAGUUCGAAGCAACCUGCUCCUUACAACUAUAGCAAACUCCAACACAGCUAUAAACCCCCAUUAUAUACAUAGUAUCUAUCCAUUCACAUAUAAAGGGACCCCUAGCACAGCUAUAAACCCCCAUUAUAUACAUAGUAUCUAUCCAUUCACAUAUAAAGGGACCCCUAGCACAGCUAUAAACCCCCAUUAUAUACAUAGUAUCUAUCCAUUCACAUAUAAAGGGACCCCUAGCACAGCUAUAAACCCCCAUUAUAUACAUAGUAUCUAUCCAUUCACAUAUAAAGGGACCCCUAGCACAGCUAUAAACCCCCAUUAUAUACAUAGUAUCUAUCCAUUCACAUAUAAAGGGACCCCUAACACAGCUAUAAACCCCCAUUAUAUACAUAGUAUCUAUCCAUUCACAUAUAAAGGGACCCCUAGCACAGCUAUAAACCCCCAUUAUAUACAUAGUAUCUAUCCAUUCACAUAUAAAGGGACCCCUAGCACAGCUAUAAACCCCCAUUAUAUACAUAGUAUCUAUCCAUUCACAUAUAAAGGGACCCCUAGCACAGCUAUAAACCCCCAUUAUAUACAUAGUAUCUAUCCAUUCACAUAUAAAGGGACCCCUAGCACAGCUAUAAACCCCCAUUAUAUACAUAGUAUCUAUCCAUUCACAUAUAAAGGAACCCCUAGCACAGCUAUAAACCCCCAUUAUAUACAUAGUAUCUAUCCAUUCACAUAUAAAGGGACCCCUAGCACAGCUAUAAACCCCCAUUAUAUACAUAGUAUCUAUCCAUUCACAUAUAAAGGAACCCCUAACACAGCUAUAAACCCCCAUUAUAUACAUAGUAUCUAUCCAUUCACAUAUAAAGGGACCCCUAGCACAGCUAUAAACCCCCAUUAUAUACAUAGUAUCUAUCCAUUCACAUAUAAAGGGACCCCUAGCACAGCUAUAAACCCCCAUUAUAUACAUAGUAUCUAUCCAUUCACAUAUAAAGGAACCCCUAGCACAGCUAUAAACCCCCAUUAUAUACAUAGUAUCUAUCCAUUCAGAUAUAAGGGGAUAAUAUUUAUUAUAUAAAGCCAUAUCUCCGGUGACAAUGUUACAGUAAGAUAUUCUGUCCCAUGUUAGAUCCCUCUUGCUACAUGUAUCAUAUGAUAAUGGUUACAGAGUGACUUUCACUUUCUACCAUAAAAUGUUACUAUGUCCUGGACGAACACUCCAUUAAUUAGACAGAAUCAUUCAUUAGUUUACUUCUGGGAAGAGAAGCUUGUCACCCUGUGUUAUAUGUGUGACUCUAUGUGACAUGUGUCACCUUGUGUUACGUGACUGUGUGAUGUUUGUGAUCCUGUGUGACAUGUGAAGUCUGUGUGAUAUGUAUGGCUGUGUCGUGUGUGACUUUGUGUGAUGUGUCGUGUGUCCCUUUUUGAUGAGUGUGUCCCCCCCAUGUGUGCUGUCUGUAACCCUGUGUAAUGUGGGUUACUCUGUGUGAUUUAUGACGAUGUGUCCCCCGUGUAAUGUGUGACGGUGUGUGAAAUGCCUCCCGUGUGAUGUGUGACUGUGUGAUCUGUCCUCCCUUGUGUGAUGUGUGACUGUGUGUGAUGUCCCUCCUGUGUGAUGUGUGACUGUGUGAUCUGUCCUCCCUUGUGUGAUGUGUGACUUUGUGUGAUGUCCCCCCUGUGUGAUGUGUGACUGUGUGUGAUGUCCCCCCUGUGUGAUGUGUUCCCCCUUGUGUGAUGUCCCCUCUUGUUGUGUGAUGUGUGACUGUGUGUGAUGUCCCCCUGUGUGAUGUGUGACUGUGUGUGAUGUCUGUCACUCUGUGUGUGAUGUGUUCCCCUGUGUGAUGUCUGUCACUCUGUGUGUGAUGUGUGACUGUGUGAUGUGUCCCCCUGUGGGAUGUCUGUCACUCUGUGUGUGAUGUGUGACUGUGUGUGAUGUGUCCCCCUGUGUGAUGUCUGUCACUCUGUGUGUGAUGUGUGACUGUGUGAUGUGUCCCCCUGUGGGAUGUCUGUCACUCUGUGUGUGAUGUGUGACUGUGUGUGAUGUGUUCCCCUGUGUGAUGUCUGUCACCCUGCGUGAUGUCUGUCACUCUGUGUGUGAUGUGUGACUGUGUGUGAUGUCUAUCACUCUGUGUGUGAUGUGUCCCCCUGUGUGAUGUCUGUCACUCUGUGUGUGAUGUGUGACUGUGUGUGAUGUCCCUGUGUGUGAUGUGUGACUUUGUGUGAUGUGUCCCCGUGUGAUGUCUGUCACUCUGUGUGUGAUGUGUGACUGUGUGAUGUGUCCCCCUGUGUGAUGUCUGUCACUCUGUGUGUGAUUUGUCCCCCUGUGUGAUGUCUGUCACUCUGUGUGUGAUGUGUGACUGUGUGACGUGUCCCCCUGUGUGAUGUCUGUCACUCUGUGUGUGAUGUGUGACGUGUGUGAUGUGUCCCCCCUUGUGUGAUGUCCCCUCUUGUUGUGUGAUGUGUGACUGUGUGUUAUGUGUCCCCCUGUGUGAUGGCUGUCACUCUGUGUGUGAUGUGUCACCCUGCGUGAUGUCUGUCACUCUGUGUGUGAUGUGUGACUGUGUGUGAUGUCCCUGUGUGUGAUGUGUCCCCGUGUGAUGUCUGUCACUCUGUGUGUGAUGUGUGACUGUGUGAUGUGUCCCCCUGUGUGAUGUCUGUCACUCUGUGUGUGAUGUGUGACGUGUCCCCCUGUGUGAUGUCUGUCACUCUGUGUGUGAUGUGUGACUGUGUGUGAUGUGUUCCCCCUUGUGUGAUGUCCCCUCUUGUUGUGUGAUGUGUGACUGUGUGUUAUGUGUCCCCCUGUGUGAUGGCUGUCACUCUGUGUGUGACGUGUCCCCCUGUGUGAUGUCUGUCACUCUGUGUGUGAUGUGUGACUGUGUGUGAUGUGUCCCUGUGUGAUGUCUGUCACUCUGUGUGUGAUGUGUGACUGUGUGUGAUGUGUUCCCCCUUGUGUGAUGUCCCCUCUUGUUGUGUGAUGUGUGACUGUGUGUUAUGUGUCCCCCUGUGUGAUGGCUGUCACUCUGUGUGUGAUGUGUGACUGUGUGAUGUGUGACUGUGUGUUAUGUGUCCCCCUGUGUGAUGGCUGUCACUCUGUGUGUGAUGUGUGACUGUGUGAUGUGUCCCCCUGUGUGAUGUCUGUCACUCUGUGUGUGAUGUGUGACUGUGUGCGAUGUGUCCCCCUGUGUGAUGGCUGUCACUCUGUGUGUGAUGUGUCCCCCCGUGUGAUGUGUACUCAGGUAGUGAGUGAGGUCUGAUAGUACUGUUUGUUCAGGUGAGUUUGUAUUAGAGGAUAGUGUUGUCUCAGCCAUAGACAUGGGUACCAUACAGUUACAACACACAGCUCACAUGGUGGGAAUGUAAUGGAUCUAUUCUCAGUGUGAAAUUAAUAAAGUAAUACAAUGUUUUAGUUAUUUUAAUUCAUUGGUUGAUUGUAAGAUGAGGGGUCUUAUUACUGUUGGAGUGAUUUAAUAUUUUUAGUCCAUUAAUGAUUAAAACAUUCAGCAGUCCAUGGAUAAAAUAUUGAAGGUUUAACCAACCAUGAUCCAUGUAGAUACAAACACACACACCUCUGUUCCACAGUCAGUUUUUAUUUAUUGAUUUAGCCUCUGUUUAUACAGAUAUUAAAAUGAUUAUGGCCAACACAGCAUGUUAUAGUAAUCCAUCCACCCCUCCCCCUCCUUUACAGGUGUGCCUAUAUGGUAUGAUGUAAUGUAAUGAUGAUGUCAUGGGUACAGCAGAAUUUUCUGUAUUUGUAACAUUCCACAGGCUGGUCAGAGUUUUUAACCCAUUCUUUACAGACCUCCAACAGUUCAAACUUUUUUCCUCUUUGGCAUAAACGUGGAUCUGUUGUUGAAUCCCAUAAAUCCUGGUCAAUUAUUGAUUAUGAAGAAAUAGUUUGAAAAACAGACUUUUAUUGUAUAUGUGUCAAUAGCUCACACACUAUGCACAGUCACUUGGAUUAUAUCAGCUCUCCACCUGCCAAUAGUUUUCUAGUCAAACAUUCCUCCAUUGAGAUUUUGGCUUUACUUAAAAACUAUAUAGUUAAAAAGGUGGAUAUAACAUAUAACAGGAGAGAGAGAGAGAAAUAUUGGUGCAAGGUUCUGAAAGUGGAGUGGUUACCAUGGAAACCAUGGAAUGUUCCUGCUGAUUGAUCUACUUUUAGAAUGUUGACUCAGAAUGGCUUUUAAUACAGAUUGAUAUAGAUAUGGUGAUUCGCCAAUGCGUGAAUUGCUAAGAAUGCAGAUUAAAUUCAAAGUGAAUUUCAAAUUAUAGACUAAAAUUCCUGAAUCUGAAAGAUUGUUUUCAUGUUUUCAGUGUGGCUAUAUUUCCUAAAAUGUAAAAAAGCUCUUCAUAUUCGCUUUGAAAUAAUAACAAUUAACACUUUGGGAUUCAUUCAUUUAACCCUAAAUUGUAAAGAGGUGAAAAUUAAUGACUUUAACCCCUUAAGGACACAUGACAUGUGUGACAUGUCAUCAUUCCCUUUUAUUCCAGAAGUUUGGUCCUUAAGGGGUUAAAGAUAAUGCUCUCAAGUCAUUUCAUUUCCAAACUGGUUUUCAGUUCCAUUUUCCAGUUUCAUUUUACUAAACUAAGAAAUGUUGUGAAUCCAUCGUAAAUUCUAAGUGAACUUCCAAUUUAAGGCCAAACUAGCUGCUGACUAGGACAAUUGCUUUCGGUCAGCUAUUUUUGCCUUAAAUUUUAAAUUCUCUUUGACUUUGAAUUCCUGAUAAUUCUCACUUUAGUGGAUAAGCCCGGUUGGUCUUUAGUGAUAAUAAGUCACUUGCCUUUAAAAUGACACAAUUACUCUAAUGUUUAUGUAGUGACACAUCCAUGUAUAUCCCACCCCUGUCACCCCAGGCUUACUGAGAACCAGUGUGGAAAGAUGGCGUGUAAUAAUGGGAGAUAAGAGAAGUGGGUUCUUAUCUCUUAGAUGCAGCUUCCCAUUCCCUGACACAGGGAGAAAGUCCUCUCAAUUAAUAGAACAUCCCUUUAUGUGACUGACAGAUAAAGCUGUCAGUCUUUCAAAAAGCACUGAACUGAGCUGGUUUGUUAGAAUUUGGAAGUUCUAGCAGAAUCGAGAUGAGUUAUAUAACCUGGUGCAUGCUCUACUCAAACCUCACGCAUUGCAGCCAUUUAAGAUGGGAUGGGGGUGUUGUGCUUUAAAAGGACACUAAGAACCAUUACAUUACGGCUGUUUCGCACUACCUGCAUGGUCCUAGUGCCCGCUGCAAGGAGCGAGCAUGUCUAAUGAUACACUCACACUGUGCUGCCCAUGAACAGUUCACUUUUUUUUAAUUAAACGCAUAUUUCUUUGAGGGUAGUGGGGCCAGGUGGGUCAGGAUUCAAGCUUCUGUCUCUCUGUGAAUCCCUGUGUAUACUCCAGGAGCAAAUAAUAUAUCACAUCACAUUCUCCCUGCGGGAGCAGAAGGGGUGUUUCAAUUUAGUCAGGGACCUGCUUCGUUGCGAUUGGUAAUUGUCCAGUUUAGGGAGCACAUAGCUAAUAGACCUGCGGCUUGAGGCUAAAUUAACUCACUUCUUUAGGAAAGCAUAUACAUUAAUCUGUUAAUAGCUUUUCCUCCCCACACCUUGCUUCCUCUCCUGCAACUGUGUAAUCCAAAAAAAAACAAGUCUUCAUUGUUAACUAUACCAGUAAGCUACUUUAUCCCGUACAUGAAAUACAUCUUACCCUUACAUUUUGUGCCACUUUACCCCACUCCCCCUAGAAUGUAAGCUCAUUAGAGCAGGGCCCUCAACACCCUCUAUUCCUGUGCGUCCAACUCAUCUUGAUACAAAUAUGUGUCUGUUACUCCUAUUGUACAGUGCCAUGGAAUUUGUUGGUGCUUUAUAAAUAAAUAAUAACUCCAAAUAGUAGUUGUGACGGAGCUCCCGUACUCUGACCAUGUACCUUUGCCCAGUCCUUUUCCUAGGCGCUUUCAGGGACCCUGGAACACUCCAGCCCCAGUAGCGGAAGCUUGACCAGGUUCUCUUAGGAAAACUUCCAGGACCAGGCUGCAGCUUCCAGGAAGGUAUUGUCCCCACUGCCUUUGCCUCUACUUCCUUUCCCAGGCAGGUAUCCGCACCUGUGCCUGUACUGUGAUCAGCUCCUGCCUUUACAAAGGCACUUGUGGCUCUCAAGCCUUACUCUUUUGAAUUGACCAAUCAGCCAUCCGACAGGUCCGACGACUGUGUUACUGGGAUCCCUAAAUAAAUCAACCAGGACACACAGUUCCAAAAGGAACUAACACACACAGCUUUAUUUUUUUUUACUCAGGACUAGCCCAUAUACACAUUAUAAGAAACUUACUGUGAAAACUUCAAUAUAAUAUAAAUAACCAAAUAAUAUGGGGAAACAUGCAGGAACUCAUAACAACACACUGAAAUAUUUAUAAAGGGUUUUUGUAUCCAAUAACUAACAAGAAAUAUCUCCCCUUCUUGCAGAAUUCAUCAUAUGCAAAUCUGGAAAAUGCUAAUUAACAAACCUAGCUAUUCAGGUAGUGCAUAUAGCUGUUUCAGGAUCCUUACAACCAACAAAUGGCACUGUAUUGGCUUCAUAGUAAAAUCCACCUAGUUGGUUGAAAGCAACAUCAGGAGAAGAGAGUGAGGUUGGAGGAGGAGCGAGGGUGGGGACAACGGAAUUAUCACUAGAGCAGAUAGGCAGGUGGAGGGCUUUAAUCAGUGUGGGAGGGAGAGAAGGCGGCCGAGCGCUUCCCCAUGCAAGCUCAGCCUACUAGGGAGGAGCUCUUACAUCUGUCGGCAGUGGUGUGGUGAGUGCUGACAACAGACGUGUUUUAUGUACAGAAUUUAUAUUAGGUAGUCCGGACACAAUUGAAAAUAUCUCAGGAUGUGUAGUGUUUCAAACUGAAACACUGCACAUACAUGCUCCUACCACCAUAACAACUUCAAAAAGCUGAAGUGGUUGUGCUGGUUGGAGUAACCCUUUAAAGGACCACUAUAGUGCCAGAAAACAUACUCGUUUUCCUGUCACUAUAGUGCUCUGAGGGUGCCCCCACCCUCAGGGACCCCUCCAGCUGGGCUUUGGGGGGGAGGAAGGGGUUAAACGUACCUCUUUCUUACCUCUUUCUCCAGUGCCGGGCGGGGAGCUCUCCUCCUCCUCUCCUCCCUCUUCUUCCGUCACCGGCUGAAUGCACAUGCGCGGCAAGAGCCGCGCGCGCAUUCAGCCAGUCCAUAGGAAAGCAUUCACAAUGCUUUCCUAUGGACGCUGGCGUCUUCUCACAGUGAAAAUCCCAGUGAGAAGCGAGGAAGCCCUCUAGCGGCUGUCAAUGAGACAGCCACUAGAGGCUGGAUUAACCCUAUUAUAAACAUAGCAGUUUCUCUGAAACUGCUAUGUUUAUAAAAAAAAAAGGGUUAAACCUAGCUGGACCUGGCACCCAGACCACUUCAUUAAGCUGAAGUGGUCUGGGUGCCUAUAGUGGUCUUUUAAUUUGCAGUUUAGUGAAUGACCCUGAUGGUGCACUCUGAUUCAGCCACUGUCGGUCAAUCUGCAAUGAAAACCCCCCGGAAAUACUGGCUUGUAAUUUGUUGUAGGUAGGUGAGUUUUCCACACUGGUUCGGACUUACAGGAUACAUAGUCACUAGACAAAUAACACAGACUUCAGAUAUCUAGAAGCUAAAACGGACGGUAAACAGGAAUAAGGCUUAAAGGUAAUGCAGGGUUUAGGACUCAGAAUCAGUGGCGGAUCUAGAGCCUGAUCUCGGGAGGGGCACUUGUAGAUUAUUUAAAGAAAUAAUCCAGACACAAUAACUACUACAGCUCAGUGUAGUGGUUAUGGUGUCAAUAGUGCCGGGACCCCCUCCUAGAGUAAGUAGUCAAACCGUUUAAGAACAGUUUGACAACUUACCUGAGGUCUGCUGGGAAAUGGGGCGGUAGUAGGGCAUAGGAGCAGUGGUGUGUGUGAGUGGUGCAAUGUGUAAGGGGUGCAGUGUGUGUGUGUGUGAGGGGGACAGUGUGUGAGCAGUGUGUGUGUGUGUGUGUGUGUGUGAAGGUUGUAGUGUGGGACAGUAUGUGUGUGUAACAGUUGCAGUGUGUGUGUGAAUGUGGGCAAUGUGUGUGUAUGGGGCGGCAGUGUAUGGGGCAGUGUGUGUGUAUGGGGGGCAGUAUGUGUGUAUGAGGGCAGUAUGUGUGCAUGGGGCAGUAUGUGUGCAUGGGGGGCAGUAUGUGUGUAUGGGGGGCAGUGUAUGGUAUGGGGGCAGUAUGUGUGGGGGCAUGGGGGCAGUAUGUGUGUAUAGGGGCAGUAUGUGUGUGGGGGGCAGCAUGGGGGUAGUAUGUGUGUAUGGGGGGGCAGUAUGUGUGUAUGGGGGGUCAGCAAGUAUGGGGGCUGUGUGUGUGUGUGUGUGUGUGUGUGUUAAGGGUGGGGGGGGGGCUUUUUUUUAUAAUAUAUAUCUUUAUUUAAUUUAAAAAAACAAAUAUUCUAUGUCCCCCCUCCCUUCUUACCUUUAUUGAGGAGGAGGGGGGACAUAUUUUCAUCCCUGGUGGUCCCAGUGGUGAUUCCCUGGUGGUCCCAGUGGUUACAGUGAACUCUAGCCCGCGCUCCCGGGCUAGAGUUCACUCUCGCGAGAUUUGGAGCGUUGCCGCGGUAACCGGCAACGCUCCAAAUCUCGCGAGAGGAGGACCCGGAGGAGCUGCAGACUGAGCUCCCGGGUCCUCCCUCUCCCUCCCCUGCCGGCUGUCAGCACAGUGCCUGCGGACUGGGGAGGGAGAUCUCUGAUCUCCCCUCCGGUCCGCAGGCACAUUGCAGGGCUAGCACCUGCAUGUGCUGGCAGGGGAGGGAGACCGGUGGAUUUCUCGGGGGGGGGGGGGCAAUUGCCCCGUUGCCCCCCCCCUGGAUCCGCCAGUGCUCAGAAUCCAGCAAUUAAAUUAGAAUCAGGUUACAGGAAAUCAGGUUUACAGUCAACAGGUGGUUAGAUAGGUGAUUCUUUUACAUAGGACCAAGGAGAACAGACCAGUUUGUAACUGGACCAGCUGCAGGAGUAAUAAGGAAUAAAGCAAAGUGUCUCAGAGCAGCCAGCAAACAACAGAAACGUGACUAAGACAUGGAAUCCAGGAGCUUGUCCAUGAAACUCCCUCUGCUGGAUUCCAUUCUAUCUGGAACACAGUGGUUGUAGUCGUAUUCUACAGAAUAGAAUGCAAUGGAAAGGUAUCAAGGCCAUAAUAAGGAUUGGAAAUAAGACCGUGUAAACUGCAAAGACUGACCCUGAUUUAAUAAGCUUCCCAAAUGAUUCAACAAUGUUAGAAAAACUUUAGAAAUGGUUUAUCUAACAGUAUUAAAUCAUUUGGAAACAUUAAUAAAUUGAUGCUAUAGCAAGUAAAAUAAAAAUCACUGUUUAGGAAUAUACCCCUAAUGAAAACAUGCAUGUAUUUAAUCCAGCAUUUUCCAUUGUAUAUCUAAAUAUAGUUUGCAAAAGCUGCAGAUCUCUUGUCUGCAGCCUUUGCAAUCCUUCCCCUUAUCACCCCACACAGACUUUCAGUGACUGUCCAAUCAUUGACUUUCCAAUGCAGCUCAAUGAGAAGUCUUUUAAAGGCAGGUGCUCUGAGCAUUUUCCUACCUCUUGUGUUUAGAAGAAUUCACACAAAAAAAUCUCACAAAAAACUGGUGGACUCACAAGACAUAAAUCUGAUCCAUGUGUUGGCCCCACCUGAACCUUUAUUAAGAUCUUGAACAUUCCUUGACUUAAUCAAUAAUGCGCUCAUUUUCUCCAAAUUUAAUAAGAACAUUUCCAACUUAGGGUCAUUAAUGUCAUAUUUGUGUAAAUAUCCAUUAGACUUCUAGAAUCAUGUGCUCUCUGUCUCAUCAUCUCCAAUGAUAUUUCCAGACAUAAACUCUCAGAAUCAGUUAAUCAAACUAGUUAUUGACUGAUCUGAGCAUCAGGCCAACUUUCCUAAGAACAAAAGUAAAGCAAAAUAAAUAAAAAUAAAAGAUGAAUAUUUUUCUCUUUAAAUAUGAUCCCUAAUACAGUAAUACUCUCUAUUGUUAAAGGACCACUCUAGGCACCCAGACCACUUCAGCUUAAUGAAGUGGUCUGGGUGCCAGGUCCAGCUAGGGUUAACCCAUUUUUUUUAUAAACAAAGCAGUUUUAGAGAAACUGCUAUGUUUAUGAAUGGGUUAAGCCUUCCCCCAAAUCCUCUAGUGGCUGUCUCAUUGACAGCCGCUAGAGGCGCUUGCGUGAUUCUCACUAUGAAAAUCACAGUGAGAGCACGCAAGCGUCCAUAGGAAAGCAAUGUAAAUGCUUUCCUAUGCGACCGGCUGAAUGCACGCGCAGCUCUUGCCGCGCGUGCGCAUUCAACCGACGGGGAGGAGAGGAGGAGGAUCGGAGGAGGAUCGAAGGAGGAUAGCUCCCCGCCCAACGAUGGAAAAAGGUAAGUUUUAACCCCUUUCCCCUUUCCAGAGCCAGACGGGAGGGGGUCCCUGAGGGUGGGGGCACCCUCCGGGCACUAUAGUGCCAGGAAAACAAGUAUGUUUUCCUGGCACUAUAGUGGUCCUUUAAGUAAAUUCUAAAUAACUUGGGUUGUCACUGGUAUGACCAGAUUUGUCUCCUACCUCUAGGCCCAAAUAUUUUGGGCACUUCUUUAAUUAAUUAAUGGGUUAGUCAUAUGGACAGAGGAAAGAUAUGGGGGAGCCAAGGCAAAACAUGUUCGCAUUAAUUGUGUUCUUUCAUGGCAGGACCUCCUAAGGGUUGUCCAAGCCCCUAGGCAGGAUGUCAUCUUGAGGCUCCUCCUGGAGCCCUGGGCUCUGUUCUGUGUUGUGUGUGGUGGCUGAGUGUUGUAUGUGCUUGAGGAAGAUUGUGUGUGUGAGAGUGUAUGAGUGUGUGUUGUGUGCGUAUAGGAGGCUGAGAGCUGUAUGAGGUUGUUUUUCUUUUGCCCCACUGCUUGUUACAUUUUUUUGCAGGAAGGAGACGUUAUCCCUAGUGGUCCAGUUGAGGCCAUUCUAGACAGGAUCCCUGGUGGUCCAUAGGUGAGCGUUGUGGUCUGAACCAAUAUCAGGUGCAGGUCAUUUUAAGGGCUCCCUUGUGAUCCGGAGCUCAGUCAGCACUGGCUGUGACACUGUCUGAGUCAUUGAGAAGAGCCUAGGGACCCUUUAUAGCCAGAACUGGAGCUACAGGCUCAGACAGAAGUCCAUUGGGCCUCCUUUUGAGCUCUGGCCCUAAGCGGCUGCCUUUGCAACCUUGUAGUCAAUCUGUUCCAUGGCCAUACCUGAGUCAUCUUCUUGUGCAUUACAACAAGCCAUACACCAUUGGUACAUUGCACUAACUAAUGUGUUAUUAUUGUAUGGGUUUACUUGUGCAAAGCAUGCAUUUAGAAAUGUUUGAUUACUGAGAUAACUAGAAUGGGAGCUGGGGCACGUCACAGUAUUUUGUUGGCAAAUACAGCUGGAAUAGAGGGGCUGUUUAAGCAUCGUCCAAACAGCAGAGACUGCAAAAAUCCCCAAGGCUGCUCAGGUGCAGGUCAGUCUCAGGACAGCAGUUACUAAUAGGUAUAUUGUCUGUUUCAAAGUAAAAUAUUUGAGCAGUGCUUUCAGUGGGGAGCAGGGGAUUCAGCUGGGCACAGGAUGGAAUUGAUGACAGUAAGAUAAGACUGGCUAAGGAGUGCAACUGCUACGUGGAGCGGUAGACAGUACAGGAGUUCCGCUCAGUCGCUCUGCAAUGUCAGAAUGUUUAGUGAAAAAUUCCUCAUUUUUACAAUAUACAGGACAAGACUGAAAACAAGAGAAAUCUUAAUGUAUUCUUUCUUGCAAUAUAUUUUGUAAAUAAAUAAAGUAAAUGCAUUUCUUUCUUUCCCAAAUGGCACUAAAUGAAAUUUGUUCGGUGUUCGAUUUGACUAUUUGACCAAUAAUCAUUUUCAAUCGAAAUUAACAAACACCUCAAUUCUAGUAAAUAUUUUGCUUCUUCUAAAAACAAAUGAAUAAGUUCAUUUCCAGAUCAUACAAGACACAGUAUAGUGGCGGGGCUUUUGGUACGUUGAGCUCAUUGUUUCUUUAUCAAAUCAUUUGAAAAUGGUUCUUGCACCAUAACCAAUGCAACGUCUUCUAGAGAUUAGAGCCUCACUGAAAUGUUAUGUACUUACGUCGGGUAGCAUUUGGAAAAUGUUCAACACCUCUCUCUCUGUCUACAAAAAAGCUAAAUACAAUAUCGGGAUAGAAACUAGGACGGGAAACUCCUUUUAGUACUCUUGUAACUAUGCUCUGUUUAGUACACAUUUAUGUAUGGAAUGUAUAUAUCCUUGUAAUUCAAACUAUAAGAACUGUCAAACAUGUCAUUAUUUUUUUUUAAUAUUUAUAACCUUUUUUAAUAUAUUACUAUAUUUGUUAAUUCCAUUGGGAAUUGUGAGAAAUUGGCUGGAUAGCAUAAUUUGAAAACAAAGAAUUUUCCAUUCAACAUAUUUAUCCUAAACUAUUUGAGUCACUUGCACACGAAUAAAACCUUCAGUAUAUUAUUGCCUGUAAACACACUAUGUCAAUAAAUUGUGUGCAGUGGUUUAAGAGCAAUUCUUCUCAGCCAGUGAGCUGUACACAGGCUUUUGGAGGGGGGUAGGUAGAUAUUUUUAAAAUACUUUUUAAAAAUUGAUUGGGCCUAUAUCCGUGUAAUUUCUCUAAAUUAUUCUCAAACCUUCCUAAGCUAAGCAAUAAUCACUGUUCCCCAAGUGCUCAAUUACUUCCAUGUUUAAGAUAAAACCUAGGUCAGGGGUGGACAAAAGUUAGAUUAGAGUUGCUGCAGAAAUGCAACAGUUAAGGUUGGCAAAGCACUAUGGGAAUUUUCUUUCAAUACAAUAUACACAACAAAAUUGAUAGUAUCAAUAGUAACAGUAUCCUCAGACACUCACAGGGUUGUUAGUUAAAGGAACACUAUAGUGUCAGGAAUACAAGCAUGAAUUCCCGACACUAUAGUUCUAAUAUCACUAUUUAGCCACCUGGACCCCUGUCAGCAAAGUAUAAGGUGUAAAACUCGCCUUUAUUCCAGCACGCGAGAGUCUGGUCGGCCUACUUGGCUGAGGUUAUCAAAUUUGACAAUCUCAGCCAACCCAAUUUCCCAUAGGAAAGCAUUAGAGGCUAUUGCACAUCUUCUCAAAGAGAUGCAUUAAAUCAAUGUAUCUCUAUGGGGAGCAUUUAGUGUCAUGGUGAACGUCAGUGCUGCACAUUGUGCAGCACUGAGCCAGGAAGCACCUUUAGUGGCUGUCUGAGUUACUGCCACUACAGAUGUUCCUAGGCAGUAAUAUAAACGCUGCCUUUUUUUCUGAUUAUACAGUGUUUACAUUAAAAAGCUUGCAAGACGGUCAGUAGACACUAGAACAACUACAUAGAGCUGCAGUUGUUCUGGCGACCAUAGUGUCCCUUUAACUAUAACAUUUUGAUUCUGACCAUGAUGGAUUGCUUCCAAUAAGGAAAUAAAUGGAAAGCACACAGUAUAAUUGAAGAAAUUCAGACUUCAGUCUUUAGGUUUUCUCAUUAAAAAAAUCCUUUUAUUAUCACUCUUCUUAAAACCACAUAUAAAAAUUUACCAAAAAAAAAAAUUGGAAAAAUGGGAAGUAAAGAGAGCACCACAUUUCAGGCAUGUUACACGAACUUCAUCGAGAUCUAGCCUCAUGGGAGUUGUAGUCCUGGAACACCUUUGGUUUUCUUAUCUAAUAGGUGUAUCUGUCUGCUGAGGAACAGAAUUGCCAUAAAGCAAGCUCUCUCCGUUUCCAAAUAUGUGAUCCUAAUUUCUUGCAAAAUUCAAAAUAAUAAUAAAAAAAACAAUAUGUAAAUAGUAACAUAUUUUGUUUGUCUUUCAGGUGAACAAUCACAAGCUUUCAGUGUUCAGCAAGGUGUGUUAUGCCAUUGGUGGAGCCCCCAAUCAGGUGGCUGGGAGUGCAUCCGCAUUCUUUCUGCAGAUCUAUUUGUUAGAUGUGGCGCAGGUAAAUGACAUCAUCACGCUCAUGCAUAUACUUCAAGAUAUUUUAAAGGCAUAUCAAAUAAAAUGUUAUGUAGUUCCUAUGAAAGAGACAGCUAUUAUAUCCCACUACAACAGUACUCUAAGCAGCUUUCCAAUAAUAUAUCUAGGGCCUUCAUUCACGUCAUGUCCUUGACAGCCUUGAAAUUAUGCUGAUCAGCUAUUUUGAUUAACAAUUAUUUUCUGACAGCAAUGUAAUAUAUCUCCAAGUGUGGACCUGAACCAUUGCCUAUGGGCCUGCCCAGAGCUGCUGCUUUUCUAGGAAGUUUGGUGAGCUACAAUUUUGGGAUUCUAAAUCCUACUGGAGACAAUCUUCAUGUACUGGAGGUGAAAAAAACAAAAGUCAUGACCGGUUUACUUUAACAGAAUUCUCCCCAGCCCCAUAGCCAGUCUGUAUAUCUACCAUAGAGAUAAAUUAUAUAGUUAAUCAAAAAUGUUGAGAUAUUAACUUACCUCCUCUCUGAUCCAACUUCACCAUACCUGCUUGGACCUCCAGUUCACUUGCCCUUUGCCCAUUCAUUGAUUUGAUCUUACUUGCUUGGGAACAUUCCCACAGGUAGGACAAACUUCCUACAUAAUGCUGACAUGCUGGUUUUGUAGCCAAAAUGCUGGUGUCUGAAUGGAGUGACAUAAGUCUUCUCCAUUUCUACACUCAGUAGCUAGCACUAAAAGUAUUGACUAUGGAGUAACCAUAGCAAUGAGAGAACAUGUGCUUUGGUUGCUAAGAUUUCUGUGCAGGAGAACCACAUGUGGGUCUCUACUGCUCACCCUGUCACUCAGUUCUUCAGCACAGAGUCUAUAUGCUAAAGAAUUGAUUGACAGUUGGGAGAAAUACUUGUUUUCAAACUGCUUUCUCUCCCAAUCUAUAGUGCAUGUACAAUGCACAGAUCACAUUUUAUGCUCCUUAAAAUGAGCAUCACAGGUAAGGUUUAUUUGUGUUUGCUUACAGGUUCUACAUACAUUAAUGCAGGGGCUUUGCUAGAUGGCCCCCUCUCUCACAUACAUUGACUUUUCUAAAAACCGGCCUUAUACCCAGCCCUAGUUCCAGCCCUAAGCCAUAUCAUGUUCUCUAAGUUUUUGUAUUAACCCCAAGACAUGCUAUAUAUACCCCUCAGCCCAGCAGUUCCACGACACUGUGCUGUAUAAUUAACUCCAAUUAUGGUGCAUUGUCACAAAUUAUGUAAUUAGAGAACAUAUUUCUCACUUAUUACAGGAGACUAACAGUGACAUGAUGCCAAAAUUAGAACUGGGGCCUUUCAGGAUCCCACUCUGGGCUUUAGCCUCUGCCACAAGUUUGUUUUAUUGUAAUGUAAUUCAUUUUUAAUUGAUCUUUUUUUUGUGUGUCUUCCCCCAGAUCACGCCAUUUGAAGCCUCUCUUGUGCUGUCCAUCGGCAAGACUUGGGGUGGAAUUACAGAUCCUCUUAUUGGAUUUUUCAUUAACAAAAGUAGAUGGACGGGGAUCGGCCGGUUAAUGCCAUGGUAAAAUGCAUAUCAUUAUAUUUCAUGAUGUAAUUAUUUUUUAUAAUACUUUUUUUUUACCAGAAUGAUCAGUGAUAUUAUCACAUAUUAUUAUGUAUUUGUUCAGCUGUUCAUUCCCUCUUUCUCAUAUAGUGAGCUCACCGUUAUGAUAUCUUAUACCUCCUGACGUUUCAUAUAGGUACAGAGGAAUAUUUUAGUUUUAUUGGUAUGGCUGGAGAUAGGGGAAACGGGUGAAGCUAUUCUGGAACAUUUUCAAAGAAUUUAUAACCUACUAAUUUGAAACUGAGAACGAACUGAAAUGAACCAUACUUCAUAUUAAUGGUUUUUUAAUGGAUUGCUCUAUUUAAAAUAUAUAUAUAUAUAUAUAUGUAUUAAAUAUUUAAUAAGUUAAUUUUUUACAUGAGUUGCUCCAUUCAAAAAUAAUAAUAUUAAUGUUUUGGUAAAUGGCAAUUGUAAUCCAGUUCAAACAAGGCAAAGACAGGGCAAAUAUAGCAAAUAUAGUUAAAAAAUAAUAAUUAUAAGAAGAAAAAUACAAAUCUUCGAUUUCUCCUCUUUUUGUAUAUUUUCUCUGCACUGACUACCAGAUGAAGGAGCUAAGAUGGAGUCACUCAGUUUUAGGAUAAAUACGUGUAGAUUUCUACAUUUAUUUUUUUACACCUCACAAAUGCAGAUGCAAAAAGCACAAUAACUGCUACCCUUUCCUGUAGGAUAUGAGGUAUGGGUAUAAAAGAAUUUGCCCCUCCUGAAUAUUGAAAUUGGUAUUGGGAGGUACGAUGUACUGUUUUGCAAAUAAUUUGAUUGUGAAUUGAAAAUAUUUUCAUUUGACUUUUUUUUUAUACAAUUUCCCCCUCAGUCCCAAUUGCAUGCCAUUAAUUAUUCACCUCAAAUAAAUCCUAUAUACAGCACUGCAUACACCAUGGGUCUAUAUAAUUCUCUGCAAUUUUAUAUACAGUUGUGCUCAAAAGUUUGCAUACUCUGGCAGGACAGGAAUUGGGAAAUUUUGGCAUUGAUUUUAAAAAUAUGACUGAUCAUGCAAAAACAUUUUUGGGAUUGAAUGAUAGUGAUCAAAUGAAGCCCUUUAUUAUCACAUAGUUGUUUGGCUCCUUUUUAAAUAAUAACGAUAACAGAAAUCUCCCAAAUGGCCCGGAUCAAAAGUUUACAUACCCUUGAAUGUUUGACCUUGUUACAGACACACAAGGGGACACACACAGGUUAAAAUGGCAAGUAAAGGUAAACCUGUGGCUUGUUAAAUUGCAAUUAGUGUCUGUGUAUAAAUGGGCAAUGAGUUUCUUAGCUCUGCACUGAGCAGGCUAGAUACUGAGCCAUGGGAAGCAGAAAAUAACUGUCAAAAGACCUGCGUGACAAGGUAAUGGAACUUUAUAAAGAUGGAAAAGGAUAUAAAAAGAUAUCUAAAGCCUUGAAAAUGCCAGUCGGUACUGUUCAAUCACUUAUUAAGAAGUGGAAAAUUCAGGGAUCUUUUGAUACCAAGCCAAGGUCAGGUAGACCAAGAAAGAUUUCAGCCACAACUGCCGGAAAAAUUGUUCCGAAUACAAAGAAAAACCCGCAGGUAACCUCAGUGGAAAUACAGGCUGCUCUGGAAAAAGACGGUGUGGUUGUUUCAAGAAGCACUAUACGACGAUACUUGAACAAAAAUGAGCUGCAUGGUCGUGUUGCCAGAAAGAAGCCUUUACUGCGCCAAUGCCACAAAAAAGCCUUGUUACAAUAUGCCCAACAACACCUUGGCACGCCUCAUAGCUUCUGGUACACUGUAAUUUGGAGUGACGAGACCAAAACAGAGCUUUAUGGUCACAACCAUAAGCGCUAUGCCCUCUCCAAGCAUAGCGCUUAUGGUUGUGACCACAAGGCCUAUAGUGAAAAGAAUACCAGCCCCACUGUGAAACAUGGUGGUGGCUCACUCUGGGAUCUCAAACAUGCGGUUCAUGCAAGACGGCCAAAGACUUUGCAUGACCUGGAGGCAUUUUUCCAAGACGAAUGGGCAGCUAUACCACCUGCAAGAAUUAGGGGUCUCAUAGACAACUAUUACAAAAGACUGCGCGCUGUCAUUGAUGCUAAAUGGGGCAAUACACAAUGUUAAAAACUAAGGGUAUGCAGACUUUUGUGCAGGCAUCAUUUCAUUUUUUCUUUGUUGCCAUGUUUGAUUUUAUAGCCUACAGUUAAAUAUGAAUCCCAUAAGAAAUAUAAGAAAUGUGUUUUGCCUGCUCACUCAUGUUUUCUUUAAAAAUGGUCCAUAUAUUACCAAUUCUCCAAGGGUAUGCAAACUUUUGAGCACAACUGUACAUCACAGUAUACAAACUGUCUGCUUCAAGUCCAUCUAAACAUAGCACUGCAUAUCUCCCUGUGAUAAUCUGUCUAUACACAGCACUACAUACAGUGGAGACCUGGAGACAUGAUUUAAUUGUACAUUGUAUAUGAUGCAUACAUGGUGCAUGUUUAUCUAAUUAAUUGCAUACAUAGUGCUGCGUACACUGGAGCUAUAACAUAUAACUAAAUACACUGGAGAUGUACCAAAAUACUUAUUAUAUGCAGCACUGCAUGUUGCCAAAAUGCUUUUUAUAUAUAUAGCACUGGAUACAAUACAGGUGUACCAGUCCAGAAUACAUUUUAUACACUGCAAGGAAUACUCCUCGGGUGGCCCAGAACACCGCUUGUACACAACACUACAUAUACUGUAGGUGUACCAGAAUAUGUUGCUCCACACUUUACAUGUUUACAAUAAGGAAAUAAAAGAAGUAACAAAAAAAUAUUUAUAUAAAAAUUUAUAUAAACAGUCAGAGAGGUGUAGAGGAGCCCUCCUCAUUUGCUCUGUAAUCCUCCCACUUAGGAGAGGUGAAAAGUUAUAGCAGAUUACAUGAGCAGUACGCAAGUAGAGUCGCGAGGAUAGCUAAGAAUUAGAGUGCAAGCUUUCAAGACGACUUGUAACAUUUCUAAAAAAAAUUUAUCUCAUUGAAUCUGUUUACCUCGUCACGCACGAAACACGCCAGCAAUAAUGUAAUUGAAUCACUCUUCUCUAAUAUAUUAUAAUUAUUAUUCUCUAUUGUAAUAAUUAUAUUAUUAUUUUUUAAAACAUUUUUCACAAAGCUAUUCACAAAAUAGGUGGAAUAACAAACGAAUCAUUGUAACAAGACAAGUUAGACAUAGAGGGACAGGAUUAUUUGUGAAUACAUUAACGUUCCCCUCCAGACACACACUGUAUUUGUAGAAUUUCCAUGUUGCGUAAUACUGCUAUUAUUCCAAACCAGGAAGUUACAGAGCACCUUGUCUGGGGCAGGCCGAGCUCAGGCAGACCUUGCUAGAACCGUCUGUUUCACUAUCACUGCAGAAUUAGUCGAUGUAAACAUCACAACAUUGUCCAUUAUCCUGUUGAGUAACAAAGAACUGCACGAAAAGGUUCCAAUUGUUCAAUGGACCUAUUGACCUACAUUGUUCUUUUGUCAUUUAAAGAGGAUUUUUUAUUUUAUUUUAUUCAGAUCACUAUAUCCAAAAUAAUCAGCUGCUCCAAGUAAUUACAACACACAAAAAAAGGGAUUUAUUAUGGCUUUUAGACACCAAUUAAUGUUUGUUUUAUUUGUGAGUAAAACCAAAGUUCAUUUCUAGGCUACAAAAUAGCAACGUUUUGUCUGUUGAAAUAGGGGAUGUGGUUGAGAGUUUGAGGGUUCCGUGUUAAAGGGACACUCUGUAUCUAAGCCCCAAACCCUUGCCACCUACUGAGAUAAUGCAAGAGUUUCAGUAUUAGAUUUGGACCAGAAUUGCAUGCCGACUGUGAGUUUAGGGUUUCCUUUUCUACUUUAACACAUUAAAAUUGUCAUAUUUGUUUUUGCAGUUGCCUUAAAAGCUUGAGAUUGGAUGUUAGUGAUCAUUUUGAAGUGUAGACUCACAGUUUAGCUGUCCAAAGAUAAUUUUACUCCCUAUUUAAUCUUUAGUAUAUUCUUUAUAAACAAGACAACAUGACACGGAGAGCAACAUGGAGCCGCUGUAAGUAGGGAAAAAGUUCCUUAACGUCAAUCAAUGAGUUUAUUUAAUAAACUUUGGAGUAUGAAAAAAUGCCAAUUUGUACCAAAGGAAAAUCGCAUACUCAAAAAAUGUAAAUGCCAUUAUUAAUUCUUCAAAAUUACUACAUUGUUAAUAAAUCCCAUGGAUAUGUUUAUAAGCCGAGACACAACCUCCUGAAGAAAACUAUUGGGUGAAAUAAAGCCCAUUUCGCAAUCUUUAAUGAAACUUUUCAAGAUAGCCUUCUAAAUGUAUUUAUUGGCAUACAGUUUAGUAGUGUGAUAGACAGACAGACAGACAGACAGAUAAUAUAUAGAUGGAUAGAUAGACAGACAGACAGACAGAUUAACACUUUAAUGGAUGGACAGAUAAGUAAAAAGGCAUACAGAUGGAUGUUAGAUGGAUGAAUAGACUGACAGAUGCUUUAGAAUGAUGGAUGGACAGACGGAUGGAUGGAUGAAAUGAUUAAUGGACAGAUGGAUGGAUGGAUGUAAGGAAUCAUGGAUGGACAGAUGGAUGGAUGGAAUGAUGGAUGGACAGACGGAUGGAUAGAUGGAAUGAUGGAUGGACAGACGGAUGGAUGGAUGGAAUGAUGGAUGGAUGUAAGGAAUAAUGGAUGAAAUGAUGGAUGGAUUGGUGCAGACUAAAAGGGGCGAAUGGUUCUUAUCUGCCAUCACUUUCUAUGUUUCGAUAUUUCUAUGUUUUCGAUGUUUCUAUGUAAGGAAGUCUGUGCUGUACACUACACAUUACAAUAAGACAUAGAGUUUGGAUUAAAUAACCAGCAUUGUGGCCCUUCUGAUACUGAGAGUGCGGCUUCAGAUACAUUUUACUGACAGCAAUGAACAUAUUUUGGAAUCCAGACAUAUGAAUCGUUGAUGAUACAUGAUUAUUUCCGCUCUCUUUCCAGGAUGCUGGGCAGCACUCCUUUCCUGAUAUUAUCUUAUUUCUUCUUAUGGUUCGUCCCUCCAUUCUUGACUGGAAGAGUCGUCUGGUACCUGGUGUUUUACUGUUCCUUCCAAGCGCUGAGUACAGUAAGUUUAUUCGUUAUUAUAUAAAUUACCCGAUCUGUUAUUUUGUUAUUUUACAAAAUUACUUUAAAAUUGCUCAAAUUGUUAAAAACAACAGCAUGUACUUUUUAAGAUAUAAAGAAAAAACGUUACCUGCGCUCUGGCCUAAAUCCCCAUGUGCAUUUAAACAAAAAUGGAGGCUCUAGUUUUAUUCUAAUGGCCAUUUGAAUAUAUAAGCUCACCAGCCACGUCAAGGCAAGCCUCAAUAGGUGAGUUCUUACACUAGCCAUUAGAUAUGCUGAUAUCAGCCAAGAGUCUCCAAUGAGACAGGAAGGGGUAUUUUAAAAAACCCUUUAACAUUUAACCCUUUAUAGGGCUUCUACACAUUCAAUAAACUUUGCUGGUAUCAGACAAAGUAUAGACGUCUCUAAUGAGACAUUAAAGGGUGUUUUAUAAACCCCUACAUACUUUACCCUGAAUAGGGCUAUAACAUACAAAUCACCUUGCUGGUAUCAGCUAAAAGGCAAAUUUCUCUGAUGAGACAGGAAGGGGUGCUGCCCCUACAUACUUAUAAAGUCUUAAUAAGACAAACGUGGGGAGGCUGGCAGCAAUGGAACAUAGCUGAGUGAUACAAAAUUCAUAUACAAACACAAAGAUAAAGCACCGCGCUUACAGCAGCAGUGGUUUAGUAUCCAACAGCUUAAAAUACAUAGUAAAAACAAAGAAAACGUUACCUGCGCUCUGGCCUAAAUCCCCAUGUGCAUUUAAACAAAAAUGGAGGCUCUUUAGUUUUAUUCUAAUGGCCAUUUGAAUAUAUAAGCUCACCAGCCACGUCAAGGCAAGCCUCAAUAGGUGAGUUCCUACACUAGCCAUUAGAUAUGCUGAUAUCAGCCAAGAGUCUCCAGUGAGACAGGAAGGGGUAUUUUAUAAACCCUUUAACAUUUAACCCUUUAUAGGGCUUCUGCACAACUUUUUAAGAUAUGUUCAAUAUUUUACUAUUCUGUACCAUUUUCUAUCCAAUGAAUAGCUGUGAUUAUUUGGAAAAUAAAGAUUCACUCUCUGAUCGAUCAUGUUAAGCGUAAUGUUAUCUCAUUAUUAUAAAGUGACCUCGGAUUAGUUCUGCCAGUAAGAGUGUAUUGCAGGAUACGAGCAGCAAGCUUUGUGAAUUACUAAGUUUUAUUGCCACCUAGUGGUGAAUUAGCAGUACAGCUCAUUGCGUACAGGUGUGUAAACUGUACAUACCACUUUCUACCAUUUUUGUUUACCAAUUUCUGUAUGUAAAACAAGUAUAACCAAGGGCACAGCAAAAGACUUGGUGGCAGUGUACAUUUUUUGGGAUUCUCAUAUUUUGCUGUAUUCCUGUGUGUGCACCCAUUAUCCACCUUCAGUGUGAAUGGUAGUAGCAGGGACCUAUUCAUAGCAAUUGGGACCUGGAGAGGAAUCAGGAAGUCUGUGUCCCAUCAGGUAUAUAUUCCAUGUCCCCCCUUAUAUUUUCCUUCCUUGUAUUAGAGGGUUCUGUUACAUGACAUUAAAUACAGCAUUGCAUCAUAUGACGGUGCUUUACAAUGACAUAAAGAGUAGUAAACACUGAAGGAGAUACAGGUAUCACACUCACACUCACCCAAUAGAUCUCCAAGACUGGAAAUUUGUAGAACUCAUGGGAUGGAUCAAUAUAUAUAUAUAUAUAUAUUUUUUUUUUUUACCAUGUGAGAAAAACCAGUAUAUGAAGUAAUGAUGCCUAAUUCUAACAGGAAACACUUUAGUUACACUACUGGGUAUAACGCACAAGGCGAGCACUGUUAUAACACAUGACAACUAGGAAAGCAGGUCCAGCUGACUAACACAAAAUAAUAGUUUUAGUUAAAACCUGAAAUGACAAAAGAUGGAAUAUCGAAAACAAAACAUUAAUAUUAAAGGCCUGGUGUUAGGGGUUUGCGAUUGCACAGUACAUACACAGAGAGGGGGUUCUCCUGCCCUCCCUCGGGCAGAGAUAGGCAGGUGGGAGAGUUAAGAGCUCAGCCUAACCAGCCUACAAGGAAUAUAGGGGACAGGUACAUCCACCAAUUUCUGUUUGUAUAGCGUGGCUUUAUCCUCCAGUUCAGUCUCCACUAGGGCACUAGAGCCCUACAGAGAGGACCGUCGGGCAGCCACUAGAGGAACUUCCUGGGAAAUUCCUGGGUUCAGCAUUGAAAUAUUGCUGGAUUGACCUUCAGUGUCUCCACCCUCUGUAUGGAGAUACCGAACGCGCUCUAUAGAGAUGCAGUGACUCAAUGCAUCUCUAUGUGGAAAUGCUGAUUUUCACAGCACAGCAAAACUUCCCAAUGCUUCCCUGUGUGAAAGCAUUGGAUUGGCUGAGAUCAUCAGGAUUGAUGAUCUCAGAUGAGGAGGUGGAGGUGGAGCGACCACGUGGAGGCCUGUUUGACGGGGAAAUUAAGGUGAAGUAGAUCUUUUUUUUUCAUUUCAUUUGGAUGGGCAGCCAUCUAAUUAUUUACUAGGGCACUUUAGCAUUAUGAAUACAUUGCUAUUCCCAAAACCACUUGAGAAACUUACCUAUUUCUGAUUCAAGCCUCAUACAGAAUUGAAAAGAGAUGAAUCGAGCUAAAGAGCACUGGAGUCAACACUUUGGAGGUUAAACCAUUAGCCCCUAAAGGUAAGCUGUCACCAGGGACCUCCUGGUACCAUAACAACUAAAUUCCAAUGAAGUUGAUAUGAUGCCCGGAUUGUUUCUUUAAUGCAGGGGUACCCAACCCAGUCCUCAAUUACCCCCUACCAGUCCAGGAUUAAGGGAUUACUCUGUUGUGUCUAAAGUGUUUUCUAACUAACAACACCAUAGACACAACUUGGUAAUCCCUAAAUCUUGGAUUGGUAGGGGGUACUAGAUAAUGCGGCUUCUUCAUUACAUCCAACGUGAAAUUAAAAACGUAUUAUUGAUUUUUUUUAAUGAUGUCUAACAUAAAAUGUAAUAAGUGGUAAAUAAUAACAUAAUUUCUUGAUUAUCCCAUAGGUAUACCACGUCCCAUACACGACCCUGACCAUGUUCCUUAGUACAGACCAGAUGGAGAGGGAUUCAGCCACCGCGUACCGUAAGUAGGUCGGGACCUUUUGGUAUUAUUUAUUGCAUUAGUGGAGUUAUUUACCAAACUGGGAAUUAUGGGGAGUUGACAAUGGAAUUUCCAAUUUUAGGCCAACUUUUUUUUUUUUUUCAAUUUGGCUAUUUUGGCUUCAAAUUCAUUUUAUUUUGUCAGUUCUCUACAAUUCCCAGUUUAGUAAAUAACCCUAAAAGGCAGAGAGACACUAUCCAGAAAACAUGUGAACAUUUGCUUAUUGGCUUAUUUUUGAUCAUAUCUAAUUAAAAAAAAUAACUUAUUCGUAAUAAGGCUAUUUACAGGAAGCAUUUAUGGUGGUGAGAGGCUCUUCAAAUUCCUCAGCAAGAAAUCUUUUAUGGCUGAGUGCCAUUGCUGCCCUUCGGGCUGUUUUGAUGUGAGAAAUAUGGUUUACCAGAAUCUGUUUUUCUCUUUACUUGCAAUUUCAGAUAUGUCCACAAGGGGCAUCUAACAUAAUUUUGGUAGAAUCCAGUAUUUCUAACCCAGCUAGAUAAUGUUGUUUGCACUGUCCCUAAGGUGCCUAUCCACUAAACAGCAAAUUGCUGUAACUCGAGAACCAACCUGGUUGAGGACUUCUAUUAUUUACAACUCUGUAGUUAAAAUCUUGCUCCUGUUUUUUUCUUUGAAGAGCCAUGUAGACAGAGUUGUCUGUAAUAUUAUAAUUAUAAUAAUGGCUUCAAUGUUCAUUGUUCUGCACUGGUGUUGAAGCGUCUGAGUGUUAGCCUUUGUGUCCACGUAGGAAUGACAAUGGAAGUCUUAGGGACCCUUAUUGGAGCAGCAUUGCAGGGACAGAUUGUAGCAAGCGCUCACACCGGCCGCCACUGUAUGGCGAAUGAGACUUUGAACCUUACAGUCAAUGCCACAGACUCCAUAACAAACACCACCUUCCUGCCAGGAACACCAGAUCUUCUUCAUGCGGUAAGUACAGGUGGUCAAUCACCUUAUGUCCAUGAACGUAUAUAUCUUUCCUUUUUUGUUUUAUUUUUCAUUCUUUAUUUAAAGAUUUUAGUGUAAAAAAAAGAAUACAUUGUAAUUUCAAUAACAAACCUAGACAUAAAGUGAGGCACAACAAAAGCCCCAUAAAAUAAUACAAAAAAUCUACAAAGUCUAUAAAAUAUAAAACGAGAGUACAUGACAAGAAAACACACAAAAAUAAAGAACAUGACAAUGUCACAGUGUGCCGGUUUAGUUCUCAAAGUUGUAUUUGUUUAGUUGAUUAUAAGUUCCAUUAUUGCCUUGUAUAAUAAAAUAAAAUUGUCAGAGCUUUGCAUGCGGCCGACAAGCGGGGUGCAUUUUGGUAACUUAAUGGAACUGGGGCAUAUCUGGAAAAUACAUAGUAAUAACCUGUUAAGUGUUUUCUGCACACUCAGUCCACAUAGGAUAGGUAGGAUUUAUAAUCCAAUUAAGGGACGUGAACAGAAGUGGUGGGGAUAGGAAGGAGCGGGUGGGAAUUAAGUAAGCAAGAAAGAAGAAGAAGAAGAAGAGCCCCCAGGCCCAGUGACCUUUGGGAACUUUGCAAGCCAAGGGUUCCAUACUUUGUGGAAAAGGUUUGUGGUAACGUGGACUAAGGCUGACAAUCUAUCCAUUUCCAUGACGUUUCCCACCGGACACAACACCUCUGUUAAAGUAGAAAUGUUAAUGCUCCUCCAGUGUCCUGCUAUAGCUCUUCUGGUAGCCAAUGCUAUAUUAGCUAUGAGUUUGUUCUGAGCCCUAGUUAUGUCACUGUGGGGUUUGGACAACAGCCAGAUCAAGGGAAUCAUGAGUAGUUCAAUAUGCAAAAUUCUGGAGGUGAGCUGAGAACCACUAUGCCAGAGUUGGGAAAUUGAGGCACAUUCCCUCCAAAGGUGAAGAUGUCUACCUUUAUCCCCACCCUUCUUCAAGUAUAGGUCUGAGUCUGCUUGGCCCAUUUGUUUUAGCCUGAGCGAGGUGAGACGCCAGCGUAGCAUAAUCUUAUAUGCUUGUUCUUUGUGGUUCACGCAUAUGUUGACCAACACCGUGGUAUCUCAUAUAUCCUCCCAGCCCAAAGGGUCCUCUGGGGGACCAAGGUCCCUCUCGCAAGCCAACACAGAAGAAAAAGCAUGUGCAGGGGAGGUGGUGUUCAUAAGGGAAUAAAUAUGUUUCUAUGCACAUUUUCUCAAAGAUGGUGUGGGUGGCUAGACCUCAUCUGUUAAUAUAUUUAUAAAUAUUAAAUUUUUCGCGAAUAAAAUUAUAUGUUCAACAAAUGCAAGUUUGUGUUCAAAUGUAAUUGUUUUAAAAAGAGAGAAGAUAACCAAAUGUAACAUAUUUUGUUCUUUACAUCUGCAACAAACAGUAAAACGUAUGAUUUUAAUUCUACAUCAUCACAGCUAGAGGGAUUUGUCCUACCUCCUCCCUGUUUCCUACACCCAUGGUUAAAACCUCUCCAUAACCGUUGACUUGUUAAGGCAGCCACGUUGAAAGGAUAUUUGUCUAACCUCUUGGAAUGAAAACACUUAUAUAAACUGGUUCUGCACAACAGGCCCAUUUUAAGUGAGCGCAUUACAUUAUCAGAGACGUGAAAAGGUAGAGAGUGCAACUGUUAUCUAUAAUAAAGAUGAUCACAAGAGACUGUUAAGCAGGACACCUGUGUGGAAUUUAUCUAACAUUCCGACAUUCUUACAGAAUAUACUGGUAACUCCAAUUCACUUCCCGGAUAAUACAUAAUGAUAUGUGUAGUGCAUUAGCUCAAAACACAUCAUUUAUAAUAUAUUACAAUACAUACAUUGCAUGAGAGAGAGAGCAUAGCGACUUAUAUAUAAAACAUUGUAUUACAGCAAUAUUCAUAUUAUAUACAUUUAUCAAAAUCCCAUGGUUCAUGAAAUAUUUGUAACUAAUUGUACUAUUUAAAUUGAUAGUAGUAGAAACAGAAUGCACUGUGGAAGAAGUGAGACCUUUAGUCUUAUGUAACGAAUAGACAUACAGAGCUAAUAAUAAACAAUUUGUAGAAAAUCACAGAUAAUUAUCAGUUGACAUUUUUAUAUGAUAUGAAGAAUAUUCGCUAAACAUGAUGUUUAUUGCCACAAUAACUGAACAACCAAACUUUUAGCUUGGUUUAUCACUAUUUUAUUUUUAAAGUCAGCUGUUAUUUUACUAACAAAUGAGGGAAAAUGUUCUAUUUGUAUUGUAUACAAAAAAUAUGGGUAACCGUUGUCAUAGCCUAUAAAGAAAUAAACAAUACAUAGUGUGAAACCAUAUAAGGCAUAUACGUAGACACAUUUUUGGAAGCAUUCACAGUGUGGAGUAAAUCAAAGCGCCUUGAUGGUGCCACCCCUGCAGAGGGGGCUUAGUAUCCCAAUCCACCUUUAGCUCCUUCCUGGUUCAGGAAACAGGAGAAAGCAGGAAUCAAGGUAAAAAAGGUAAUUUAUUAUUAAAAAGCCUCUGGUCGGGGGGGGCGGAGCCUGACCGCUGAACAGAUCAGACGUGUCCUGUCUGAGCUCUGGCACCUGGGCCAGAAAUUCGGAGCUAACUCCGUGCCAUCAGUAGCCACAGUCCCAAACUGACACCCAAUCUACUCACAAGAUGAGGGCGCACACGAUGAUACCGCUUCUGACUCGAUACGGCACUGGAGUAACCCGACCGAGACCUGGGACCUACCUAAGUUUGAGCCGGGGUGAGACGGCCGCUCCCCCGGUUCUCCGAACGGCGUCCCGCUGUCCCCCCCCCCUUUGGACCGGCGCGGGUUAUCCCGGUCCCCACGGGCAACCAACACUGACAACUACCUGGCCCAAGUUCAAAUUAAGCUGCAGAAUUCAACCCAGAUGGCAUGCUCCAAAAUGGCGGAUAUCCCGCAGCCACAUGGGCAGGCAGAGAGCGAACCACUAAAGAGCACAAGCACACCCAAACGGCAGAACCUACUUGCGCACCCCGCAUGCCCCAGGGGAAGCCAGCUACCCACUCCAAGCACCUACAAGCUCCGGCAAUGAAACGCAAGCGGAGAGACAAAGAGCGGGAAACGAGGGGGUACCCCCUGGGCACUCCCAACACACAGAACACAAAACCUUACAAGAUGAGCCCACUCAGGUGGAAAACAACCAGGGGAUUACCCCCGGAACAUCAGGUGCGGAGGAUCCGACGCCACAGAAGGAGACUCUACACCAGGACCUUCAACAGCCCCUACACAGGGAAGAACGCGGCCCUCUCCAGGAGUAAACAAACUCGUGGUCCACAAAUGCAGGUCCCCAGGACAGUCCAGAAUCCUGAGGAGGGCUAACCAGAACUCUGCCAUCAGACCGCCUGCAGCCCCCUUCGCUCACCACCAAGCCUAGGCAUUGGCUAACUCUGGACUCUGUGCCCGGUGCUUGAAAAGCUGUUCCAUCCCUGCAAGCACAGAAACCACAGACUGUACCCGCAGCCCCACAUACCCCUUAACUUACCUGACAACCAUGCAGCACCACCAGUAUCCAGAGCACACCUAACGCACACACCAUGACACCGCAUUUGACGGACACACAAUGCCGCAGAUAAUCCUACUAUACGCAGGCCCUGACAACAACCCCCACAACCAACGAUAUAGACCUCAGACCCGUCUAGGGGAGCAUUGGUAGGCCAGACAUAUGAAAUUCUACACACUACAAGUCGGUACCCGUGGCAGACCAAGCUAGAGUACAACUGUACAGCCCAAACGACACAAUAGCGACCAGACAUUCACGCGAUUAUAGCUUGUAAACACUUAACACUAUGUUGUACAAACUACAGUGAAGCUACUUAUAAUUCCAAACUAUGCUUGUUAUUUACUGCUCCUAUUGCUAGACCUGACAAAACACUCGGUGAAGAAUAUUGGAGCUCCACAUACUUAGACAUUAUAAUAUAAAAUUGUGCAGAUCCUCUAUAUGCCAUGUUUGACCAUGUAUGAUGUUAUUAUGCUCGUGACUGCUAUUGUGGCAACACGGCCAGCUUGUAAUACCUUGCACACAAAAAUAAAGAAUUAAAAAAAAAAAAAGCCUCUGGUCCUAUGUGUUUCGUUCUGUUCAAACAGAACUUCCACAGGGACCUCACAAUUAAAAUACAAUUUACAAUUUUAUAUGACAGCGGUUUCCCAUAUUUUUUUGUAUACAUCUGUCUUGUUCGGGCAUCCAAGUGGGAAGGCUGCCAAGGGAAGCUGUCACUAAGCUAAGUUUGAUUAUUUAUUUUUUGUACACAAAUUAUUGUAUAUUUGUGUCUUUUGAUACCACGUUCUAUUUGUAUUGUCUGGUCUAAGAAGGUACUGAGUCAUGGGGAGAAGGAGGGAACCAUGCAUUCUAUUUGUAUUGUCUGGUCUAAGAAGGUACUGAGUCAUGUGGAGAAGGAGGGAACCAUGCAUUCUAUUUGUAUUGUCUGGUCUAAGAAGGUACUGAGUCAUGGGGAGAAGGAGGGAACCAUGCAUUCUAUUUGUAUAGUCUGGUCUAAGAGUUAUCUGAAUCCUGGAGUGAGUGACAGAGCCAUGUGUUCCAUUUUUUCCAGUUAUAUAUUUUUUUUAAUCUCCUGCAUUGCUGGGAUUUUGCCGAUAUGUUAUUUACAUGUUAUCAAUAAAUUAGCUGAAUGAAAUCUGUGAGAAACAAAGUAGUUUUCUUGCUGUACUGAUGUAAAAGGGUUGUUCUUUAACUCUUAGGGACCAAUGGUAAAAUUUGCUGACAUGGCAGUUUGUUUUCACACAUGUCAUGUGUCCUUAAGGGGUUAAAUUUGAGUUUUCUGUUUAGUUGAUUGAUUGGAGAUAUUUAUUAAAAUCAUUGGUCUAAAAGAGUCCAGUACAGAAUAUGCUGGUAUUUCAAAUUCACUUCAGGGAUAGCACAUGAUAUGUGUAAUGCAUUAGCUCAUAGCACUUCAUUUAUAAUAUAUUACAAUACAUACAUUGCAUGAAAGGAAAGAGCAUAGUGACCCAUACAUAAAACAUUGUAUUACAUCAAUAUGCAUUUUAUAUACAUUUAUCAAAAUCCCGUGAUUCAUGAAUAAUUUGAAAAUAAUUGUACAGUGUGAAUUGAUGGUUGUAACAGAAGACGCUGUAGAUGAAGAAGGACCUUUAGUCUUAUGUAAAGAAUAGAUAUUCAAAGCAAAUAAUAAGCAGUUUGUAGAACAUCACAGAUAAUUAUUAGUUGACAUAUUUAUGAAGAUUAACUGAUUGGAGAUAUUUAUAAAAAUUAUUGGUCUAGACUGCUUUUUUUUUGUUGAAAAGGCAAUUUUUAUUGUUAAUGCAAAAUACAAUUGACUUGUUGGGUAAGGCAGUGACCGAGUGACAGGCAACAGAGGGUUGUAGUCAAUGGAAUAUAUUCGAAGCUUGGACUUGUCACCAGUGGGGUACCUCAGGGUUCUGUACUUGGACCCAUUCUCUUUAAUAUUUUUAUUAGUGAUAUUGCAGAAGGUCUUGAUAGUAAGGUAUGUCUUUUUACUGAUGAUACUAAGAUAUGUAACAGGGCUGAUGUUCCAGGAGGGAUAAGCCAAAUGACAAAUGAUUUAGGUAAACUAGAAAAAUGGUCAGAAUUGUGGCAACUGACAUUUAAUGUGGAUAAGUGCAAGAUAAUGCAUCUUGGACGUAAAAACCCAAGGGCAGAGUACAGAAUAUUUGAUAGAGUCCUAACCUCAACAUAUGAGGAAAGGGAUUUAGGGGUGAUUAUUUCUGAUGACUUAAAGGUAGGCAGACAAUGUAAUAGAGCAGCAGAAAAUGCUAGCAGAAUGCUUGGUUGUAUAGGGAGAGGUAUUAGCAGUAGAAAGAGGGAAGUGCUCAUGCCAUUGUACAGAACACUGGUGAGACCUCACUUGGAGUAUUGUACACAGUACUGGAGACCGUAUCUUCAGAAGGAUAUUGAUACCUUAGAGAGGGUUCAGAGAAGGGCUACUAAACUGGUCCAUGGAUUGCGGGAUAAAACUUACCAGGAAAGGUUAAAGGAUCUUAACAUGUAUAGCUUGGAGGAAAGACGAGACAGGGGGGAUAUGAUAGAAACAUUUAAACAUAUAAAGGGAAUCAACACAGUAAAGGAGGAGACUAUAUUUAAAAGAAGAAAAACUACCACAACAAGAGGACAUAGUCUUAAAUUAGAGGGACAAAGGUUUAAAAAUAAUAUCAGGAAGUAUUACUUUACUGAGAGGGUAGUGGAUGCAUGGAAUAGCCUUCCAGCUGAAGUGGUAGAGGUUAACACAGUAAAGGAGUUUAAGCAUGCGUGGGAUAGGCAUAAGGCUAUCCUAACUAUAAGAUAAGGCCAGGGACUAAUGAAAGUAUUUAGAAAAUUGGGCAGACUAGAUGGGCCGAAUGGUUCUUAUCUGCCGUCACAUUCUAUGUUUCUAUGUUUCUAGACUGCUUUUAACUAAUAAAACACUGCCACUAAACCCUCUGUCAAACAUCUCAGCAAUGCCCAAUUCAAUAAAUUUAGGGUAGGUUUUCCAAACUUGCAGUACAGUUGCUUAGGAGAUCUGUUCUCUACAUAUACUGUUCACCCUGUUUUGGCCAUGUACCAAGAUGAUGGAGGACAUGUGUUUUUUUAAAUUUUAUAAUAAUUUUUUAUUAAGGUUUGGUCCCACAGUAGACAGAGUCCUGUUGUAACCCCAGGGUUGGUACAAGAUUCGAGGCACCCUGCAUAUCUAGGAUCCUGAAUGAUGUGUCGUUGUGGUGGAUUAAGGACACCCGAGGCUGCCUCCACUGGUAUUUUUUGUGUGCAGGUGGAGGAGAGCCGUGAAGGGUUUCUUCAAGGGGCGCCAGGCCAGGGUCACCCCUGAUAACUCAGCGUAGAAGGAGAGCUGCAUACUCUCAAACAUGUAUGGUGUUUUGGUUCUUGUCGCUUGAAGGACCGCUGAUCUGUCCUCAUGGCUCAGGAAGUGCACCAGGAGGUCUCUCGGUGCUGUGGCUGGGGGUUUUGCUGAUCAUGGGAGGCAGAACAUCCCCCCCAGGGUUGUUUGUUUGGUCUGUCUAGGGGGCAGGAGAGCGGACAGCAGGUGUUGUAUGAAUUGCGGUACCUCCGCCUCCGGUAACUCUUCACCGAUGCCCCUGAUCUUGAGGUUCAGGCCUCGUCUCUGAUCCUCCAGGUCUGUGAACCGCUGGUCCAUUAUGCGGUUCUCCUGUUGCAGGUCAUGUAUUUAUUUUUGCAGCUGCGCUCUGUCUUGCGUGUUUCAGAGGGAGUCGGCUUCCAGCGCGCCCAGGACCGUGCAGGUCUCCGCAGAUCUGGGCCAUGUCAGCUUGUAUGGUGAGCUGAAGCCCCGCUAGCAGUUCCUUCAUCCGCUAUGGUCACCGGAGAGGCAUCUGCUUGUGGGUGAGUCUGGGGAGGAGUUGUCAAGACAGGUGAGUGUGUAUUUCAGCCCCGCUUGUAAAGUCGUCUGAUAUAUCCGAGCAGUCGUCGGCAUAGUCGGCCAUGUUUGUGCCCAUGUUGUUGUGGGCCUGCCGCCAUAGAUCUCCAAUAUUGACGUUUAGCCGAGGUUUAUCGGACUUGGCCUUUUAAGUUUUCUGGCACAUUGCAGAAAUUGCAGCUCGGGGUCAGUUUGGUACCUUUUGCAUGUAAUUUCGGUCGCGUUAGAGGGUCCAGAGUCACCACUUUUGUUUUUGCCCUCAUUUCUCAUGAGCUGAACUUAAAGAUCUAAGACUUUUUCUAUGUACACAAAAGGCCUAUUUCUCUCAAAUAUUGUUCACAAAUCUGUCUAAAUCUGUGUUAGUGAGCACUUCUCCUUUGCCGAGAUAAUCCAUCCACUACACACAGGUGGGGCAUAUCAAGAUGCUGAUUAGACAGCAUGAUUAUUGCAAAGGUGUGCCUUAGGCUGGCCGCAAUAAAAGGCCACUCUAAAAUGUGCAGUUUUAUCACAAGCAUUGCCUCCAUAUUUCACUAAUAAAAGAAUUGGUCAGGUCCAACCUGAAAUAUCUCAUUAAUUGUUUGUAUUGUCAACAAACUAGUCCAGUGUUUUGCUCCAGUUCCAUGUUCUGAAUUUGAUUAGUGUCUGACCUACUCUACUGCUCUUGGAAAAGGGAAGUAGUUCAAUGUUCUGCUCUUGAUAAAUUAACUUAAAUAGAAGUGGACAGAUUCAGUUAAUUUAUCUGCAUGUAUUUCUCCAAAGCAGAGAAGGAUUAGGAUCCCGCAGGACCCCUAGACCAUUGACCAUAGGGUUGAUUAAUAUAACAAGUAUAGCCAGGUAUCUUCAUGGACCCUAGGCUUAUGUUGAAUUGUGGUUACUGCAAUUCUGUUUUUAGCAAGGUGCAGACAGACAAUCUCAGUGUAGGGGUAGUUAGUUAAAUACCAUAUUCACAGCUGUUAACGGACUGUAACUCCCAUAAACCUUUCUAGGCACUUGCUGUGUUUUGGACUGGCUUAGGGUCAGAUAUAAGCAAUUCAAAAAAUAUAGAAACCCCCAUUAAAUUAGACGGUGAGCUGCGAGUAUAGUGUAAUAUUUAACUAGAAUUAAAAAAAUAACACAUUUCAAAACCCAAGGCCGAAUACCAUUCUUAUCAGGUUACAAUGCUACAGGGACACUCUAUGUAUCAAAACAGCUACAGCUUCAUGUUGUAGUUUUGGUGCAAAUAUGCUAUGCAGAAUAGAAGGAAAAGCUUCUAGGAACCACUUAAAAGGAUCACAGGUAAUCUAACUCUAAAAAGUAAUUCAGCACAUUAAUGUAUGUCCUUUUGGAUACAUCAUCUAUAACACGUGUCUGAUUCUUUAUUUUUCUGUCUUUAGAGGAACGUUUACAUGAUUGCAGCGGGAGUAAUAGGCUGUGUGUAUCUGCUGUGCACAGUUAUCCUAUUCAUCGGCGUUAAAGAACGACAUGGUGAGAAGUUGUUAUGUACAUAUCCAGAUAAUUAAAGUUAAACAUACCUAAAAAAAAAUCAUCAGCUAUCUGUUUACAUCACGAAUAACCAGGGUUAACCUCUGUGAUUAUGGUUGGGAGGUACCUGUUGUGCUCCCAGAUUUUCUGAAAAUUAGUUUUUGGUCUUACAAAACAGUGUCUCAAGAAAGGUAAGUAAGUUUGAGUAGGCAUGUUCAUUUUUGCCUAUACCUGUUCAUGGUCCAUGCUCCAGCACCACUCGGCACUUGGUCUGAGGUCUUUCUCAUUUUCCACCCACGUACAAUUUCACCAUUGAGGACAGAUGAGAAUACUCACUGUAUAAAGAUCAACCAGACCUUCUUCCACACUGACCACUUACCUUUUUUUCACUCUCAUUGCUAGUAUUAGAGAAAUGGUUUCGUUCGCAAAUCUCAAGGUUAAAGGGUUACUCCAAGCACCAUGACAUCUUCACUUGAAGUGGUCAUGAUGUCUGGGGUCUGUAAGUGCAGCGUUUAACUUUGAAACCCUGCACAUACUUAUCUGAGGUGUCAUCAACCAUUGAGGUGUUAUCAGCAAGCCCGUAACUACAGUUCCCAUCUGGCUACUGUCGAUUCUGUGUAACCUUUGAGUCCUUGGCUCAACCAGAGUGUUCCUUUAUUUCCAGGAGUAUAAACCGUAUUACUCCAAGGAUGGAAUUACUGUGCACUGGAAGUACUAACAUGUACUGUUAUCUAUUCCUUUCAUUGGCAGACCCGUUUUACUUUUCGGGGAAGGUGAUUCCAUUUUUACAAGGGUUCAAACUCUCUAUGCAGCAUGGACCAUACCUAAAUCUGAUAGCAUCGUUCCUGCUUAUCUCAGCUGCUGUUCAGGUAAGUGAUAGAUCAUAGCUUGUUUGGAAUAAAAUAGGUUACUAGGGCCUUGUGGAUUUUAUAUAUUCAAUAUAGUUCCUGUCUUGAGAGAAGCUGAACUCCCAAAAUAAAAGCUUAUUUAUAACAGUUGAAAGAGAAGAAAAAUUAUUUUUAUAAAACAAAAUGUACACAUAUGUACAUAUAUUCUAAAUCAUGAAGAAAUGUUUUUAUUCUCUUUCAGUAAAUAUUAUACUGUUUAUUGGUGACUUUACAAGCUUACUAAGACUCGGAAGGGAUUCUUAAUUUAUUUGCAAUUUGUUUCAUGGAUUAGGCAAACAAUCACUACAAUACGAGCAUGUUGACUUCUAAUAUUUUUCAUGUUGUCACAUUUCCGGUUGAAAUGUAUAUUUUCUUUAGAGCUCAGUGCAUUAUUCGGAAAAUGUAUUUUGUUCGCUGUAUCACAGAUGGCACACCAACAGGUCAUUUUAUUAAACUAGAUGAAAGCAACAAGACAUUAUAUAAAUGAUUAUCAUCACACAUUUCAUAAGAAAUGGGAAAGUUGGUAAAACGACAUAAUGUUGAAAUUCACCAGUCUCCAAUGUUAUGGGUAGUGCUUUAUUUAGAUGAAUGAAGUUCCAGUCUUCUUCAUUACUGUAGGUAAGGGGUUCUGGUCCUCUUUCAUUCUCUGUUUCAUGUGAAGUUUGUACUCUGUGCUGGUCAGUAGCCGUAGAAGAUAAACCCUAGUUCUGGGUAUGUUGUGUUUUUCAUAUUAUUACUUUGUGAAUGUUUGCCAGUGAAAAGCAUCUAGUGUACUGUGGAGGGUCCACUAACACAUUAAUACAACAUUAAUUAACCUCUGGACCAAAUGAUGACACAAACUAUACUAAACUACUAAAAAAUGGACGAGAGUGGUGUCUCAAAAAUGAUGGUCAGUUUUAUAGUAGGGUUGUAAUCCGACAACGUUACUUGAAAAGAAAUAUGGCCUCAAUUUCAUAUUUUUGGAUUACUUUUCAAAUUAUCAAAAUCUGUCAUAAAAACUCUUCAAACGACCUAUGUACAAAAUACCCAUAGACUUUAACAAUGACGUCUAUAGCUAAAUCAUUUUAUUCGUUUUUCUAACAGAUUGCAAUAAUUUGAAAAGCUUAUAAAAGAGAAUGCAAUCAAGGCCAAUGUUCUGAGAAUAGAAUGACGGGAUGGGAUCAAACUCUUUAUUUGUUAAUACAUUAGUCUUGACAUUAAGUGUAUUUUCAUUUUUGAAGAUUGCAAAUAACACCUAACAGUGACACGGUUCUUUGAGUCCGAUGGUUUUUUGAUUUUGAUUUUGGUGGCCCAUUGGGUCCAAAAUCUUUUCUGGUUUUAACUACCUUCAUAUUUCGCUGCUAUACUUAUGUUGUUGAGCCUCAAGCAGAUUCUUUGGGUAUCAACUGAUGUAUGUUGUCUACAGGAAAAGUAAUUUUAUACAAGUAUAAUAGUCACUGGAAAUUUAGCUUCUGUAUAUGUAUAUCCUCAUUAGCCUCUCCACACUCGUUAUUUAAAAUAUUGAUUUUACUCAUGAUUCGUUUCAACUUAUUCAUGUUUAUUGGAUAUACUUUCAAUGGAGAAAAAAGUGAGGGAUCUUAAGAUAAGUAUCAAAGAGUUUCAUCUUAGCUGUAGAAAACUCAUAUUUACUUACAGUAGAUCUCCCCAGAGAGAGUAUUCAUCAUUGACAAUAGUAUAAAACUGACAGACGUGGUGUGAUCCUCCAACUCGGAGGACACCAUGGAAUGGGUUUGGUGUUUGGUGGGAGGGCCAGAAAAAAAUUCCUGUCACCAACUUCAAGGGGAAGACUGGGUCCCGUGGUCCAACACAUUUAUUGCCUUCAAAGUUUAAUUUCUCUUUUUGGUUUAAUAGUUGCAACAGAGCAAUUUUGUCCUUUUUUGCACGCAUGCCGCUGCUGCAGAUCUCCGGGAUCAUUUUCAGAAUCUGGUUCUGACAAUUCUGGUAAGUUAUUUGUUCGUCUUACAUUUAUUAGCCAAAUCCAGUAUCCAUGGCCCUUUGCAGAGAUUAGUCAUUUUAAGUGUAACCUUUCCAAUCUAAGUGUAAAAUUAAACAGACACUCCAUACCCCUUACACACUUUAGCUUGCAGAAUUGUUUUAUGUGUGAAGUGUGUCCUCUUUUUUUCAUAUUACAAAAAAAUCCAAAUUUCAUGUUUUUAAUAGAAAUUGUCACUUUUAUAAAUAAACCUUGUUACACCCCCUGGGUGUCAAUCAGGCAACCGGUCCUGCUACUUCCUGGUUUGGUUAGGUCAGUGGAGCUAAACUCAAGAGGCAGCAAUUUCCCAGAGCAUUUGCCUUGCAAACACUUCUCAUUGAGCUGCAUUGGGAAGUCUGUGAUUGGACAGUCACAGAAAGUCUGGGCGGGGUUAGAAGGGGAGGGCUUGUAAAAGUUUCAGAAACUGCAGUUUUUGCUGUUUUUAGAUAUACCCCAAUGAAAAAUGCAUAAUUAAAUGCACGUGUAUUUUCAUUGGGGGUUAUAUCUAUUAGAAAGUGAUUUUUAUGUUUGUUUGAUGUUUGUUUAUAUUUAGACAGUGAAGUGUCUCUUUAAGUGAUCAUAUGUGCUGAUAUACUGCAUUCACCUUAGUAGUUUUAUAAUUUUGCUUGUAGAUGUAUAUGUAUAGUGUAUUUGAAUGAAUUUGAAAUAAAGUAUUGUUGCGUUUAAUUGAUGGAAGGGCAGUACAUUUCUGUUAAUUAUUAAAUUCCAUGUGAUUACCUGGUGUCAUUUAUAUUUGAUGCAGAUAUGCUUAUGUAUAGAGUACAAGCAUGCCAUAAGAAGUACUAGUUUGUAAUAUAUAUCAAUGCAGACCAAAUAUUCAACAACACUAAAAUUCAUUUAUAUUCUUCAGGUCUCGGCGGUUCUUAGCAUUCCAUUUUGGCAAUGGUUUUUGCAAAGAUUUGGAAAGAAAAUGGCUGCCUUUGGGAUUUCAGUGAGUACGCACAAAUUACUGAGGAGAAGAUGAUCUCUCCCUGUACCUAAUGGUACAAGACAAAAUAUAGGUGCUGUCUGACAGAUACAUCCUUCCUUCCCUGUCUUCAUCCCUCUAUCCCUCCAUCCCUCCCCCCCAUGAGCACUCUGCCAGUCUCCCACCUGAUGUCAAGGAGCCAAUUUCCACAGGACCACUUGAUAAUCAGGGAAGAUCUCACCAUUGACUUUCCCCAUACGCACACCUCAUAUUUGGAAAAAUAUUGGUAAUAUAGCGGGGUGGGUUGCAUCUUGUUUGCCACAUUCUAUUCUUCCUAAAGACCUGUGCUACAUUCAUUAACAGAGCAGCAGGAGAUAUCUACUCCUUGUUAUUUGCCUCAGUACCUAGAGGUAAAGGUCAGAGUUUGCUUGCGGGCAUCAAUAGGAGCAAGCCCACAGGAGCAGUGCCAGGAAGAUGCCAGUUCUCUGACAUUGCCUUAUUCCAUUAAAUAUAUGUGUAGUUUGCCUCCCAACUAUCUCAGAAUGUCCGCGCUGAAUUGCGUUUAGCAAAUUGCUGAGCUGUAGUUUUGUAAUUUAGAAUAAAAAAACCCAAACCAUUCUUUAUAAGUUUUUAGUAAAAGAAAAAAUAAUUAAUAGUUAGCAGUAACGAGGCUUCAAUCUCUUUAUGACAUAUAUUAACUCAUUAUAAACGAUGUACACUCCUCUGAUAUCGAAGGUUUAAACAGACACAUGAACACUCUCUAUGAGUUUACUGUCCAUCUGUAUUUUGCUGAGAAUAGCGUGCCAUGUUUUCCGGGAAGGUAUAAUGAUUACUUAAUAUCCAGUGUAUUAAAUGGAUAAAUAGACUUUGGAUACGUCCCAAAAAAGAUUUUAUAUUACAAAUGGGCUUUAUUGUAAUGAUGGAACCGCUGGUCUGGGAAUAUGAUCCAUAAAUACAUAGCAAUAGCUAAGAGAUAGAAAAUGUAAGACUCUGAGGGGUUUAUUCUCUAAAUAACAAAUUGUAAUGAAAUGAGUGUCCAUUUAAUAACAUAAACCCACCCAAUAUAACUGUAACUUACCUACACAGUGCACCUAACGUGUGUGGGAGCCUGAAGUGUCCCUUUAAUAAUAUAAACCUACCCAGUAUAACUGUAACCUAACCUACACAGUGCAUCUAACGUGUGUGGGAGCCUGGAGUGUCCCUUUAAUAAUAUGAACCCACCCAGUAUAACUAACUGUAACCUAACCUACACAGUGCAUCUAACAUGUGUGGGAGCCCUGGAGUGUCCCUUUAAUAAUAUAAACCCACCCACUGUAACUAACUGUAACCUAACCUACACAGUGCACCUAACGUGUGUGGGAGCCUGGAGUGUCCCUGUAAUAAUAUAAACCCACCCAGUAUAACUAACUGUAACUUAACCUACACAGUGCAUCUAACGUGUGUGGGAGCCUGGAGUGUCCCUUUAAUAAUAUAAACCCACCCAGUAUGACUAACUGUAACCUAACCUACACAGUGCAUCUAACGUGUGGGAGCCUGGAGUGUCCCUUUAAUAAUAUAAACCCACCCAGUAUAACUAACUGUAACCUAACCUACACAGUGCAUCUAACAUGUGUGGGAGCCUGGAGUGUCCCUUUAAUAAUAUAAACCCACCCAGUAUAACUGUAACCUAACCUACACAGUGCACCUAACAUGUGUGGGAGCCUGGAGUGUCCCUUUAAUAAAAUAAACCCAUCCAGUAUAGCUAACUGUAGCCUAACCUACACAGUGCAUCUAACGUGUGUGGGAGCCUGGAGUGUCCCUUUAAUAAUAUAAACCCACCAAGUAUAACUAACUGUAACCUAACCUACACAGUGCACCUAACGUGUGUCAGAGCCUGGAGUGUCCCUUUAAUAUUAUAAACCCACCCAGUAUAACUAACUGUAACCUAACCUACACAGUGCAACUAACGUGUGUGGGAUCCUUGAGUGUCCCUUUAAUAAUAUAAACCCACCCAGUAUAACUAACUGUAACCUAACCUACACAGUGCAACUAACGUGUGUGGGAUCCUUGAGUGUCCCUUUAAUAAUAUAAACCCACCUAGUAUAACUAACUGUAACUUAGCCUACACAGUGCAUCUAAUGUGUCUGGGAUCCUGGAGUGUCCCUUUAAUAAGAUAAACCCACCCAGUAUAACUAACUGUAACCUAGCCUACACAGUGCAUCUAACGUGUGUGGGAUCCUUGAGUGUCCCUUUAAUAAUAUAAACCCACCCAGUAUAACUAACUGUAACCUAACCUACACAGUGCAUCUAACGUGUGUGGGAGCCUGGAGUGUCCCUUUAAUAAUAUAAACCCACCUAGUAUAACUAACUGUAACCUAACCUACACAGUGCAUUUAAUGUGUGUGGGAGCCUGGAGUGUCUCUUUAAUAAUAUAAACCCACCCAGUAUAACUAACUGUAACCUAGCCUACACAGUGCAUCUAACGUGUGUGGGAGCCUGGAGUGUCCCUUUAAUAAUAUAAACCCACCCGGUAUAACUAACUGUAACCUAACCUACACAGUGCACCUAACGUGUGUGGGAGCCUGGAGUGUCCCUUUAAUAAUAUAAACCCACCCAGUAUAACUAAGUGUAACCUAGCCUACACAGUGCAUCUAACGUGUGUGGGAGCCUGGAGUGUCCCUUUAAUAAUAUAAACCCACCCAGUAUAACUAACUGUAACCUAGCCUACACAGUGCACCUAACGUGUGUGGGAUCCUGGAGUGUCCCUUUAAUAAUAUAAACCCACCCAGUAUAACUAACUGUAACCUAGCCUACACAGUGCAUCUAAUGUGUCUGGGAUCCUGGAGUGUCCCUUUAAUAAUAUAAACCCACCUAGUAUAACUAACUGUAACCUAGCCUACACAGUGCAUCUAAUGUGUCUGGGAUCCUGGAGUGUCCCUUUAAUAAGAUAAACCCACCCAGUAUAACUAACUGUAACCUAGCCUACACAGUGCAUCUAAUGUGUGUGGGAUCCUGGAGUGUCCCUUUAAUGCUAUAAACCCACCCAGUAUAACUAACUGUAACCUAGCCUACACAGUGCAUCUAAUGUGUCUGGGAUCCUGGAGUGUCCCUUUAAUAAUAUAAACCCACCCAGUAUAACUAACUGUAACCUAGCCUACACAGUGCAUCUAAUGUGUGUGGGAGCCUGGAGUGUCUCUUUAAUGAUAUAAACCCACCCAGUAUAGCUAACUGUAACCUAACCUAUACAGUGCAUCUAACGUGUGUGGGAGCCUGGAGUGUCCCUGUUAAAAGUAUUAAAUAUUUUGAUAUAUUGAUUUAUUUCUACAUAUAAUACAGUUUUUGAUAUUUUUAUAUUUGAAAAAAUCAUUUUAAAAGCUUAUCUAAAAACAUUAAAAUGAGACCACAAUUAGAGAUGUACAUAAUUAGAGAGAUAUGUCAGUUUGGCUGAUAUAUAGAAUAUAAAAUAAACAAGUGCUCUAUAAAGUGAUUGCAUCUUAUUUAUAUGUAUUUGGUUUGCGAUGCAGAACAGUAGCUAUCAAAUAAUGGUGGGACUGUAAUUGGUACAAUAUAUUGACGCUUUCCCCUUUUUUUCCUUUCAGUGGAUGAUCCCAUUUGCCAUCAUGUUGGUGACCAUUCCUAGCCUUAUUGUGGCUUACGUGGUAGCAGUAACGUCUGGGUUCAGCAUAGCAGCAUCCCUUCUUUUACCAUGGUCAGUGCGUGUUUUUAAAAGAACAGAAUUAAUGGAACCAUUUUUUUUUUAAUAAACAUAGUAUUUACAUAUCAAAUUUUCUGUUUGUACUGUGCAAUCAACAUUCAUCUUGGAAUCAGCUGGUCUUGGAACCAUGUUGAUUCUACGUGGUAUAUACACAAAGUGAAGAUAUCUUGGUGGGUUGAAAGGUUGCCAGGCCCACCUGUCUUUUUGUGGUUCCAUAAAUCAAUAACACUGUUUAUGUCGAUGUCCUGUGAAUUGUAGCAUAUUAAUUAUUAAAGCAGAGAAAAUCAUUUCCAGCUUUAUUAUAAUUAGAUAUGUUCUAUUCCUGUUACCUAUUUAUUAUUUAUGUUACCACCCAUAUAAUGCCAUCUUCAUCUGUGUCUUGCUCCUGCUCCAUCACCAGUUGCGUGCCCUCUUGUACUCAUCUCAUUCAUCUACUUGAUAGGUAUACUACACACCAAAAUGCUCCUUGAUUCAUAUUUUCCAUACAAUUCCCUUAACCAAACACUGCAAUUAAUGCCCGAUUCUCUGUUGCCAUCCGUUUCAUGCACCCUGCCAUCCAUAUUAUAUCAUCAUCCUCCUUAUCUGACUCAUGCCCCUUCUAAUCUGUCUCACACCACUGCCAUCCAUUCCAUACCCUCUGCUGCCCAUCAUAUUUCUCAUUCUAUGCCAUCUAUCUCAUCCCUCUUGACAUUCACAUAAUCCUCUCCCCCAUUAUAUGCCAACCUGUCGCAAUAUCAAAUCCAUCCUGCCCAUCUUUGGAGCCUUCCUACCUAUCAUUUAAUGCCCUUCACCAUCUAUGUCCUUCUCAGCUGGCUCCAGCACCUCAAGCCUCCUACUGCUCAGCCAUCUUUCUAAGACCCUCUAACAUCCACAAAAUAACAACCAUUGCCAGCUGGCUCCAUCGCCUCCGUUCCUCCUAUCCAACCUUAUCUCCCAUAACCCUCUCUAUCUCAUGGUUCUCCUGCACUCAGACUACAUGCUGUGUUGCUCUACUGGACAUCAAUCAGGGGAGAGCAGCUGAACAGCAAUUAGCUGGCUGGGUGGAAACUGGAAUAGGAGAACCUCAAUCGUGUUCAGGGAAAGAUGUAUCUCAAAGACCUGGAUUAGCUCCGAAGCCAUUUGCAAGUUCUAUUACAAAGGAGAGAGUUGAGACUGUGACCCAUAACCUAGCAACACAUUGUAAAUCAAGACCUUAUCGUGAAUUAAGAUUUAAUAUAUGUCGACCUACGUAGCCUGUUCAACAAUACAUGCUGAAAUAUAUUGAAAUGCAGGCCCAAUACUGCACUUUAGCAGGCAUUUCUUUCCAUCGGAAUACUCAAACAAAAGUGUAGAAGUAGCAUAAAACUCGAAGUCAGAUAUAUGUGUAUUUUCAUAGGUUUUUUGUCCUCCAUGUAGAAAUCUAUUCAGUACCUCUCAGGAAGGCUUGCAUGAAAAGUUACUAAUAAUUAAUGGUCUACACCAGAUAUAGGUAACCUUCGGCACCCCAGAUGUUGUGGACUACAUCCCCCUUAAUGCUCUUACACCCAUAAUGAUGGCAAAGCAUCAUGGGAGUUGUAGUCCAAAACAUCUGGAGUGCUGAAGGUUGCCUAUGCCUGGCCUACACUAACUCUGCAAUAAACUAAGAACCAAAAGAAUAGACAUCUUUGUACAUGCAUGAUUGGAUUUUUGUUGUGAACCAGAAGCUUUGCUUUGUGAUUGUUGAUUUAAUGAAUUUACAGCACAUAUUAUGCCUGCUUUCUCCUUGCGUUAUAAUAGGCAAUGAAAGGAUUAUGUGCAAAUCAUUAACGUCAAAUCAUCUUGUUGUAAUAUUCUAAUCCCUAAUGGUGGAAUAAAUCCUGCUAUUUAUAUAUUAUUAUGUUUUGUAUUAACCCUUUGAGUGCCCACUGAUUUGCACAAUCGUCUGGCACUAAGAUGCGCUAACAUCGGAGCUGGCUCCCAGUGAUGGUAGGAUAAGUGAUCGAUAUGAUCUGCAUAUUAUUUACCCAGUAUGAUUUGUCUCCCUAUUCAAUCUCCCAAGGUCCAUGCUUCCCGAUGUAGUGGAUAAUUUCCGCUUAAUGAAUCCUCAAGCCACGGGACUGGAAGCAAUUUUCUACUCAUCGUUUGUUUUCUUCACUAAGCUGUCUGCUGGGAUCGCACUCGGAAUAUCCACAAUGAGCCUCGAGUAAGUAGAAUAUGUUACCAUCUGUCUACCUGAUAACCUGGAUACAUCCGUCUUGUUGUGCUCCAUUCCACUUGAAUUGUGCUGGCUGAGCAUCCUGAGCAAUGCAGUCCACAUACACAUGUCCACAGUGUCAAGGUUAGCCGUUAGGAUUUGUGGAAACCAGGGGUUACUGGACAAUUUCUGCGUUGUUCUCGGCUUUAUCUAUUUGUUCUUCUGCUUGUCUUGGCUGGAUAAAAAUCUUAUUCACCGAACAUUCAAUUUAACAGGACACUGCACAUUUUAGACAAUGAUAACUGAGCUGCACGUAUAACCAAAUCGGACAAUUUUUGCAGUUUGGACAUUUUGUUUAAAAUGUGCACUUCCAAUUUAAGACAAAUGAACGGUUUUGUGGAUAAACUAGAUUGUCUUUUUCCGGCAGAUCUGCAACCCUCUAAUCAUAGGAUUAGUUCUCUGUUAGCUGACAUUGACAGGACCCUGGCUGUUACUCUCAUUAAUAUCUGUCAUUUUACGGUCCUGCAGGUUAUACAUUGUUAUAGACACUGUCCUUUCGGAAUAAAUUUUAACAUAUUUUCUUUUAAAUAAUACAUUGUAACAGACACUGUUCUUUAUAGAACAGAUUGUACCAGGCUUUAUUCUUUAAGGAAUACAUUGUAACAGAUGCUGUCCUUUACAUAAUACAUUGUAACAGAUGCAAUCCUUUCAGGAAUACAUUGUUACAGACACUGCCCUUUCAGGAACACAUCGUUACAAACAUUUGUCUUUCACAAUAAGUAGGAUGCAUGGUGUAAAUUAAACUUUAUACAAAACUAAAAGUAAGGCACAAAAUUGCCCCUAAUGAGUGUCUUCUGGAAUUAGACACACAGAUACACAGACAGACACAUAUACAAAAUAUACAUUUUUAGCCUACCUUUAGGGUGCAGGAGGAUGGCUCACCUGGGGUCCAGCUGGCUGCCUGAGGCUGUUGGGAUUCAGAGUUUAUCCCAGCCCGCGCUCCCUUCACUCUGCUUCCCCCGUGCAAUGCUCCGUUUUAGCUGGGAGAAAGUGAACGGACAGGGGCCUGGUCAGCGCAGACAUCAUCACAGGGGCCCGGUCAGCACUGGAGAUAUCAUUCGGGCCCAUUUAACACUACAGAUAUUACAGGAGCCCGAUCAGCAUUGCAGAGAUCACAGGGGCCAGGUCAGCGCUGUUAAAGGUCUGCAGCUCUGACUGGGCCCCUGAAAACACAUUACCAUCGGGGGACCCGAACUGAAUGGGUCACCCAUUGCGCCCCCUCAGUGUGCUGGCCUGAACCGGCUGCACCGGUGGUAGUUCUGCUGCAGGAUCAUAUAUUGUAAGUAAACCUCCAUCAUUUUUGCCUAGGUUAGUUUUUUGUUUUUUUUUAACUAUUACAUUCUGUGAGCUUUGAAAUGUUUAGUGAAUCAGUGAGUGUGCUGGAUAUUGUAUGUUGUUAUGGACCCACCACUGACAUGUGACAAUCUCAAUGCUCUUUGAAAAAUCUCUGAUUACUGUAACAGUUGCACUGUGGUUCAUAUUUGCAGUUAUCAGAAGUGGCGUUAAACAGUAGAGUGGGGCACGGCCAGUUUAAUCUUUCUAGUGAUGGUAGAAAUCUAACCAUGAACCACAAGAUCUUAUGAAACUCAGGCACCAUGCAGAGUCCUUCAAAUACAUACUAACUGCAUACCCCAGGCAAGCUUAUUAAGUCAUAGGGGAGAGAGGUCAUGAGUAAGUUCCUUUCUCUUACAUGUAGAUGUAUCAAAACUCCCAGUAACAACAAUUCAAAUUGUAAUUUAAAGACAAAUUACUGCCACAGUUAUUCACUGCUGAAAACACACAGGCUGCUGAAUACAGACAGAUUGCUAAAUACUCACACAGACUGCUGAAUACAUACACACAGACAGACUGCUGAAAACAGUAUGUGUAUUUAGCAAUCAGACUGCUGAAUACAUAGAAACAUAGAAUGUGACGGCAGAUAAGAACCAUUCGGCCCAUCUAGUCUGCCCAACUUUCUAAAUACUUUCAUUAGUCCCUAGCCUUAUCUUAUAGUUAGGAUAGCCUUAUGCCUAUCCCACGCAUGCUUAAACUCCUUUACUGUGUUAACCUCAUACACACUGUCAGUCUGCUGAAUACACACACACAGACUUCUGAAUACAUACACACUGACUGCAAAAUAGACACACACAGACAGCUGAAUAUGCACAGACUGCUAAAUACACAGACGGCUGAAUACACACACAGACAGACUGCUGAAUACACACAGACAGACUGCUGAAUACACACAGACAAACUGCUAAAUAUACACACAGACAGAUUGCUAAAUACACACACAGACUGCUGAAUACAUAUGCACAGACUAUUGGAUACGUGAAGACUGAUCACAACCAACUCACAGACUGCUAAAUACACACACAGAGACGGCUAAAUACACACAGACAAUUUGCUAAAUACACACAGACUGCUUAAUUCAUAUGCCCAGACUGUUGAAUACAUACAGACUGUUGAAAUCACACUCAGACACUGCUGAAUACAUACAUACAGACUGCUAAAUACACACAAGGACUGCUAAAUACACACACAUACUACUACGUACACACACAGACUGCUGAACACACGCAGACAGACUACUGAAUGCACACAUUGUAUGGGGGGUGAAAUGAAAGCAAAGCUGUGUAUAUAUAUAAUUUAUUUGCUUUACGUCCCCCUACAACUAAUUACACACACACACAGAUUGUGUGUGGGAGAUGAGAUGCGAGCAAAUCUGUAUGUAUUUUUAUUUGAAAAGAAAAAAAGCAUUAUGUUCCCCCUACCCUUCUUACCUUUUGCCAGAGUGGGAGGACAUUGCACUGCCUGGUAAUCUAGUGGUGUCACGUGAACUUUCGCCUGCAGCUCCUCUGGCUGCAGGCUGACUCUACUGCUCUCUCAAGGUGAGCGCUCUCAGCACGUUCCCAUGGUAACGUGCCACAAUGCUCCAAACUACCUGCUCGCAGGAGGAACACACAGACGGCAGAUAACAAGGUUGACUUGGCAUAGGUCGGCAGGGGAGAUGAAAGGAUGUCACCUGUCGGCCGAUGGCCAAUAUGGUGACACCACAAUGCCCAUGAGGCCCUGGGUAACUGCCCAGCAUGCCCAUACGUGUAAACAGGGCUGCUCUAGGUGUGAUGUGUAUAUACAUAUUUAUUUAUAUAUUUAUUCAUACCAUUUCUAAAUAAGAGUUGGGUUAGUAAUGCAUGCAUUGUGCUGACAUUCUCUGUAAGUUGAUGAUUGUAAGACUAGUCUGUACAGUCUUGUCUCCCCUCAUGUAUCUGACAGAUUCGCUGGAUAUAGCAGUGCUGCGUGUAAGCAGUCCAGCCAUGUGGUGGUGACACUCCAAAUACUGAUCGGCGCAGUGCCUGCCAUCCUUAUUAUUAUUGGGCUACUCAUCCUACUCUUCUACCCAAUCACGGAGGACACAAGAAAGGAAACUGAACUAGCACUUGAUGUCAUGAGGUACGGAGACAACAGAUACCACUUAUACAUGGGAUAGAAGAUAGGUGUCAAACUCCUGACCUUAAAGGGUCACAGACAGGCUUUGGAUAGAAAAAAACAAUAAUAUGUGAGCGCUAUAGAAUAUAACACAUUCAGUAUGGCAGCACUCCACCCCAGUGAUACAGAAGUAUACACAGAAUACAGAUAAAUGUUUACCAAAAAGAGCGCGCUAAACCGAUGAAUAGAAUCUGUAAAUAUGAAAAACACAUAGAAUAGUGCAGACUAUCUGAACCAAAGUAUGUAAAUGAGGGGGGGGGGUUUGAAAUGCUUGACUGGAGAGGGAAGACUCCCACACUGGUAAGACUCCAAGUAAUAAGUUCACUGGAAGCUGGUAGUGCUGUGCAAUAUAGGACAGAGAGAGGCAGGGUCUCCAAUUGAAUAGUAUCUCAUACAAUUUAAUAAAAAACAAAAGUUAAAAACUCUUACUUAGCAAAUGGUGGGUUAUGCUUACAUAGCUACCCACAUAAAAGCAUGUAUGCAGCAAAACAGAAAGUCACUUCCGGGUUUCGUCCGUCCCGAUCACGUGAUCACUUCCGGAUCCGCCUCUCUAGUGAGAUAUGUGUGACGCAUUUCGUCCGCCUACUCAGGCUUACCAGUGUGGGAGUCUUCCCUCUCCAGUCAAGAAUUUCAAACCCAGAGUUGAUAGGGCUCUGGUAAAUGUGAGUUUUUUCAGCCCUACCUCCCCUCCCUCCUCAUUUACAUAUUUUGGUUCAGAUAGUCUGCACUAUUCUGUGUGUUUUUCAUAUUUACAGAUUCUAUUCAUCAGUUUAGCGCGCUCUUUUUGGUAAACAUUUGACAGGCUUUGAAUGCAGGUGGAUCAAUCCAAAGUCAGUUAGUCCCACUGGACUUAAGUCAUUAUGUGGUUGGUACAAAUACAUUAUUUAUUACAGCCAAGAUAAAAUCCAGAUAUAUUACAAUCCUUUUGUUUAGUCCCGUUUAUCAUGUAGUCUCAUGCAAUUUUGCAUAUAUAUAUUGCAAACCAAAAUAAAAAUGAGCUGGUAUGCAGCCAAAACAUGUUUAAAGGUACCCUAUGAUUAAAGGGACACUAUAGUCACCAGAACAAGUACAGCUUAAUGCAGUUGUUCUGGUGAGUAUAGCCUCUCUUUGCAGGCUUUUUAACGUAAACACUGCCUUUUCAAAGAAAAGACAGUGUUUACAUUGCUCCCUAGAACACCUCCAGUGGCAGUAACUCAAACGGACACUAGACGCGCUUCCUGGGUCAGUGCUGCUAUGCUGAACAUUACUCAUAGAGAUGCAUUGAUUUAAUGCAUCUCUAUGAGGAUAUGCUGAUUGGCGAGGAUUGACCCCUAAAUUCUUUCCUGCUACUACCAUUGAGUACACAUUAUGCCAUAGGUAUAUAUUUCCAGAUUUGGGAGUAAUUUAUAAGGUCAUAAUACAGACGUGCCUUAAUUUUGGCAUGCCUCUUUUCUUAAUUCCUAGAUAUACUAUGUGGUGGUGAUCUGUGUCAUCAUACUGAUCAGCACUUUGACACUUUUUUAAACACUCCCUUAAUGCUAAUGCUAACCCUAACUAUACAGUUUAGUAAGCCGACCCUUAGGUUGAUUGCUCAACUUGGUAGUCAAUCACAUAAUGACAUGCUUUAAGUGACAGUUAAUGAAAGUCAUUUCUGUGAUUGGUCAGCCGGGAGGCCAGUCAGGGACUACUGUAGGGCUGCUUCGUUGUGAGGUAGCUGAGUAGUAGCCAACUGACAGCCCAGGAUGUGGCACCUGCCAAUCAUGCCACAGGGCCACUCUGACAAUCACCAAUAUCGCGAUGUUGUAAUUCGUAAUGGCGGUCCUGUGCCUGAUUGAGGAAGGUGGGCAUUUGCACCUGCCUUGUGGGACCUCCACACAACUAUUUUAUUAAUGCUUCACAAGUGAGACAUCCAGGAAUAGCAAUAUCUCUGCAAUGGAGAUAUUAGGUUAAUUUCUUGUAUAAUAAAGCAGCAGCUUUCUUCAUUAUAAGGAGUAUAUAAAUUGUUAAAUAAUUGCCUCUAUUAUUUUAAACGAAAUAUUUAUUUUGUAGGUUGCGGACCCGGCGUUCAACACUUAUUGUUAUCUGAGACUCCGAAAAAUUCUGUUAUAUACUUUUUUAAUGAAUCUGGAUGCAAACUCACACAUCACUGGGAAUGCUGCCCUAGCAGCCCAUCCACUUCGCAGUCAGAGCGUACACAGCGCCAUCUAGGAGGCAGUAAUAUUUAUUUAUAUGUGGAUUCCAACCUGCACUCCGAGACCUGAGUUUUGUUGGAGACAGCUUUUCUUAUAGCUGUGCAGAAGAUCUAAUGUAAAUCGAUUUCAGUAUUUAAGAGCAUUACUUUGUUAUGACAUAUAUAUAUAUAUAUAUAUAUAUAUACACAUUUUAUUCAGAUAUUAUACAGAUUCCAGUUUGUACAAUGGAGUCUUAAUUUAAUAAGGAGGCAAAACAGUUACAAAAACAUUGUUUUAG